UCAUUCCUGAGCUGGAGAGGAGCCAGAAGUUUCUCAUCUAGCUGUCUGCGGGCUGCCUUUUUCUUUCCCCUCUUUGAGGCUUUCUGAUGCCUAGAGUGAGCUCAACUCAAAGGUUUCCAGCCUCACACUCCCUCACAUUCCCCCACGGUCACAUCGAGCUCUGUGAUUCGGAGGAAUAUCGCGUGCCAGCAUCCGGCUUGCAGGCUCCUUUUACCUGCAGGUGUUCCAGAAACUUCAAAAUGCGUCUGGAAGAACUGAAAAGAUUACAGAAUCCAUUAGAGCAAGUUAAUGAUGGGAAAUAUUUGCUUGAAAAUCACCAGCUGGCCAUGGCUAUGGAUGUGGAGAAUAACAUUGAAAAAUAUCCCCUCAAUCUGCAGCCCUUGGAGUCAAAGGUGAAAAUCAUCCAGCGUGCGUGGCGUGAGCACCUGCAGCGGCAGGACCCCCUGGAGAAGAGGAGCCCAUCCCCGCCCUCGGUCUCCUCAGACAAGCUGAGCAGCUCUGUCAGCAUGAACACCUUCUCUGACAGCAGCACGCCCGAUUACCGAGAGGAUGGGAUGGAUCUAGGCAGUGACGCCGGCAGCAGCAGCAGCAGCAGCCGCGCCAGUUCGCAGUCCAACUCCACCAAAGUGACCCCUUGCUCCGAGUGCAAAUCCUCGUCGUCGCCGGGGGGCAGUCUGGACUUGGUGUCUGCCCUGGAGGACUAUGAGGAGCCCUUUCCGGUCUACCAGAAGAAGGUGAUUGAUGAGUGGGCGCCGGAGGAGGACGUGGAGGAGGAGGAAGAGGAGGACGAGCGAGGGUACCGGGAUGACCGCUGUCCGGCCCGGGAGCCGGGGGACGUGAGCGCCAGGACCGGCGGCGGCGGCGGCUGCGGGGGCAGGAGCGCCACCACCGCAAUGCCGCCCCCGAUGCCCAACGGCAACCUCCACGCGCACGACCCUCAGGACCUCAGGCACAAUGGCAACGUGGUGGUGGCCAGCCGGCUGAGCGGCUCCCGGGGCCCCCGCCGGGCUAUCCAGAAACCCCAGCCGGCAGGGGGCCGGCGCGGCGGCCGGGGCCCAGCGGCGGGGGGGCUUUGCGGCCAGCCUCCGGACAGCGGGACCUGCGUCCCCGAAGAGCCCCCGGUGCCCCCUAUGGACUGGGAGGCGCUGGAGAAGCAUCUGGCGGGGUUGCAGUUCCGGGAGCAGGAGGUGCGGAACCAGAGCCAGGCAAGGACCAACUCCACCUCCCACAGCGCUGAGUUCCGCGGAGCACGGGGCCCACUCUUCCUCACCACUGCCAUGUCACUCUCCAAAGGAAGACUGAGGCCUCAACCGUGUCAGAUGUCAGCUGGCCCUAAUCCAGGCAGAGUGAGGCAAAGAUUGAAAAUCCACAGUGAGUGGGUGGGAUUUAAAACCUCAGGCCAGGCCAGCGCCGGGCUCAAUAGGCUAAUCCUCCGCCUGCGGCGCCGGCACACCGGGUUCUAGUCCUGGUCGGGGAACUGGAUUCUGUCCCGGUUGCCCCUCUUCCAGGCCAGCUCUCUACUAUGGCCCGGGAGUGCAGUAGAGGAUGGCCCAAGUGCCCGGGAGUGCAGUGGAGGAUGGCCCAAGUGCUUGGGUCCUGCACCCCAUGGGAGACCAGGAGAAGCACCUGGCUCCUGCCUUUGGAUCAGUGCGGUGCGCAAGCCGUGGUGGCCAUUGGAGGGUGAACCAACGGCAAAGGCAAAGGAAGACCUUUCUCUCUGUCUCUCUCUCUCUCUCACUGUCCACUCUGCCUGUCAAUAAAUAAAUAAAUAAAUAAACCUCAGGCCAACCUCUACCUUGUGAUGAGUUUGAGCAACUUAAUCUCUCCUUUGGAGCCCAGAUGCUGUCUGGAACUGUCAGAGCUCAGAGGGGACCCGAGGAGCCCUGAAGCACACACUCUGGUGACUCCAUUCCAUGCUGCCUUCUCUGGGGGCACCGUGACAGGCCUGUGUCACCCCAGGUGGCCCAACCCCCAGAGCAGCAGGUCUGUGCAACUCACAGUAACUCACAUUGUGCCUGGCACAAAUGCUUGGCUUACGCAGAGAGGGUGAGAGGUUCCACCCACCAACCCAGACUACUGCCAGAGACACCCUCCUCCAGGUGGGUGGCCCUGCUCCUGGGCAUCCUGCCCUGUCCAGUGUCCCUGUGAACAGUCCUGCUUGUCUCACGGGCCAUCCACAGAGGGAAGAAGGAUUCUGCAUAUCAGGGCCUUUGAUGUCUUUGUUCAGACGCAAUUCCUACCUCCUUGCUUACUCAGACUCUGGUGAGCUGGCUUGGAUUGUCUUGGGGAAAACCAGGAGCUUCUGUUCAAGUUUCCCUGUUUGGCCCCCAACAGUAGACUUUCUCUUCUCUUCUGCUUCUCUAAGACCUUGGUGUUUCCCUGCAUCACAAUCCCUCCUGUUCCUGGGACUUCUUUAAGUAGAAUUGGAGAACUCCCUGCCUCAGUGUCCUCCUUUUCCUAAGUGGAAUACUGUUUCACCUCUUUUUCUCCAUGGUUUUUCUUUUAAUUAAAUUGAAAUAUUUUUUAAAUUUAUUUGAAAGGCAGAGUUACAGAGAGAGAGAGAGAGAGAGAGAGAGAGAGAGACAGACCAGGGAAAGGUCUUCUAUCCGUUGGUUCAGUCCCCAAAUGGUCUCAACACAGGGGCUGUGUCAGACUGAAGCCAGGAGCUUCUUCCAGGUCUCCCAUGUGGAUGCAGGAGCCCAAGCACUCGGGCCAUCUUCUGCUGCUUUCCCAGGUGCAUUAGCAGGGAGCUGGAUCGGAAGUGGAGCAUUCCCUGCUGCCUUCUCAAAGAACUGGUGCUCAUAUGGGAUGUCGGCUUUUGCAAGAAGCUGCUUAACUUACAAUGCCAUGUCACAGGCUCUGCAUGGUUUUUCUGAGGGCUCUUCUUCUGCUCCUCCAUGCUUAGCCUAUUCUGUCAGUCUCUGGGAACUCAGUCCCUUUUUUUCUCUUUGUGACUCUUUUCUUUAAAUAUAGUUGCAUUGAAGUAUAAUUGGCAUACUAUCAACUGAAAUCAAUUAUAUUUUGAUAAGUUUUGACUAAUGUGAGUCAUAUGUAUGGCAUAUGCAUGAAUUUUGAGAUGCCCGUGAAACCAUCACCUAAAUGCAGAUAAUGAACAUACCCAGCACCCCCAAAAGUAUUCUCACAUCCCUUUGUUAUGCCCCCAUCUUGCCUCUGCUCAAUCAUUGAUCUGGUUUUUAUACUGUAGAUUAUCUUACACUCUCUAAAAUUAACAUGGAGUAGAGUCAUACAGUAUAUAUUCAUUUUUGUCUGACUUCUUUCAUUCAACAGGUGAUUAUUUUGAGAGUUACUACGCAUGUUAUGAUAUUGAUCUUGUCCUUUCAGUGGUGGAGUAGCCUUCCAUUUCAUGGAUAUACCUUAUUCACUGGCUGAUGGAUGCUUGGAUUGUUUCUAGAUGAGGGCCAUAACAAAUAAAAGCACUAUGAACAAGCCUUUGCGUGGAAGUACCCACUUCAUUUCUCUUGGGUAAAUAUCUAGGAGUAGGGCAGCAGCAUCCUGUGGCAGGUGUGUGUUUAGCUUCAUAAGAAGCUGCCUCACUGUCUUCCAAAGAAGCCGUGCUUUCUGUUGCCAUUGCCAUGACUCUUAGUGCACGGACUAGAACCUCGGCCCCCCUCCCUUCUGUCUCUCUGUUCCCUCAGCAUCUUUGGUGCUCUGCAGCAUGUCUCCCUUCAGGUGACUGGAGUAGCUGUUCCCCUCCCUCUUAAUGACCGCACUAGAGAAACAGCAAUAGGAUCACAUGUUGUACCCAACCAAAGUCAUUAAACCAGUUGUUUGAAAACAAAAAGAAAUCAUUUUAAAAUUAUAGAUGAGUUCUGCUUGUAAACCUGACACAUUUUAAGUGUUGUUUUAUUAUAUUUUAGUGCCCCGGACAGGUGCAUUUUCCUCACUUAAUGAGAAGAUGAGAAUAAUUUUAAUUGACACGUUAAUUGAAAGCAAAUUCUCCUGAUGAAGUUACUUCCAAAACGCUUGAAAAUAAUUUGUCUUUUUAUUUGUUUAUACUAUUAGCGAGUAGCAAACUUUAAACUACCUACAUUUCGUCCUAGAAUGAUACUAAUUACAGGUUAUUUUCCAUGUAUUAUUCUGUAAGAAUUACAGCCUGGUUACUCCUUCCCUGUCAACGGCAGCACUAAACAAGCUUGAAUGGCUGAAUAGUUUGUUUCCCUAGUUACUUGGGCUAUGUUUAAAUUACGUGAAUUCCUGCUUUUAUAGCCAGAAUAAAGAUGUCUUUAGUAUUCCUGCAAAAUAUAGUGUGGUUUAUAAGUUUAAUAAGUUACGUGACCCGGCAGCCUAGGACGUGACAUUGCAGACAUUCUCUGUGCUACGCAGCUGUCACUUGUUCCUGGUAGAGGGCACACCGUGUGGUAGGUUUUUACUGAAACUAGAAAUUUCCCAGGCUAAAUGUAUUCUGUACUACAGCCUUUUCCCUUCAAGUAUCUUUACCAGAAGGAAGAGUUCUUUGCCUACUUUUCUAAUGUAGGCUGAUUUUUUUAUUUUUCAUUAGCAUAUACUCAAGAUUUCUGAACAGAGAUGGUUGGGCUUUUAAAAAAAUAGGUUGCAGGUAAAACACAACUGAACAGUUUUCCAAAUUUUAACAAUAGCAUAUUUGUCCUGGGGCUAUGUGUGUGUGUGUGUAUGUGUGUGCGUGCAGUUAAGCUGCCAUUGAAGGGUACAUCAUACUGUAGAACUGCCUUUUGAAAUGUUGUAGUUGGAUUAAAAGAAAUCUUCACCUAUUAGUUGGUUUACACAUUAUUAUCCUUUUUUUUUUUUUUUUUUUAAUUCAUUUGAGAGGCAGAGAGACAAAGAAAGCUAUCCAAUCCCCUGGCAUUCCCCAAAUGCCCCAGUGGCUCCUGCUGGACCAGGUUGAAGCGGGGAGCUAAUAACUCCAUCUAGGUCUCCCACAUGGAUUACAGGGACCUAACUACUUGAGCUAUCACCUGCUACCUCCCAGGGUACACAUUAGCAGGAACCUAGAAUCAGGGUAGAGUUGCAACUUGAGCCCAACCAAUCCAGUAUAUGCCAGAUGUUUGCCUCAACAGUCAGUGGACCUUUUAAACAUCCCAAGAAGAAACUUCAGGGUGUACAUCUGAAAGUCAUAUGUUGUCAUCAUGCACUUGUUGAGUUCUUUGAACAUCUUACCACAAGCAUCGUGUUGUCUUCCUCCUUCUCUUUCCGACUUUGCCUGUGUCUUCAACUCUAGCUCCGUUGCUCUCUGGCAUUCCCUAGUUCCUCACUCAUUGGAAGCCCCAGUAGUAGCUCAGUAGCAGGUCCACCACCUGCUGUCCCCCUCAUUGCCCAUCACUGGGCUUCCCUGUGGCCCACCUCUUUGGGACUUAAGACCCCACCUUUGGGAAAGCUUGGCCAGAUCAUCUCAACUUUGAACAGGCUCUCUUUCUUUCAAACAUCUUACUCCAUGUUUACUUGUACAUGCAUUUUAAAAGGCUUUCAGAAAACUGAACAAGGCAGUUACAAUUCCAUUUCUGUUUUAGAAAUGAGAAAACUGAGCCCAGCAAGGUUCAGGGUCUUGCCUACAGUCUCCUGCCUGACAGAGGUCUGCCUCUGCUUCCAGCUUCCUUGGGGGACAUCACAAGCAUUCGUUGGCUUGUAUUCUCAGUUACCUGCCCAUGGGUGAUCUCUGUUCUUUGAAGCUGUGUGCAGUCCCUUGUCCCUGUCAAACACCUGUACACACAUACUACAGUCACAUUCCCUUGAGAACCUGGGUCAAACUGCUUAAUACAUUUUGUACCAGCCUUUCUGUUUAGUUCUUUAACUCACUCAAAGCUUUUACACUGUUAACUUUCUUAUUAGUGCCCAUAAUAGUAAUUUCAGGUGCUUUCUUAAAAGUUUAUCUAGGGGCUGCCGUGGUGGCAUGGCCGGUAAAGCUGCUGCCUGAGGUGCCGGCAUCCCAUAUGGGCACUGGUUCAAGUCCAUACUGUUCCACUUCCAAUCCAGCUCUCUGCUAUGGCCUGGAAAGCAGUAGAAGAUGGCCCAAGUCCUUGGGCCCCUGCACCCAUGUGGGAGACCCAGAAGAAGCUCCUGGCUCCUGGCUUCAGAUCGGCCCAGCUCCAGCCAUUGUGUCCAUUUGGGGAGUGAACCAGAGAAUGGAAGACCUUUUUCUCUGUCUCUCCCUCUCACUGUCUGUAACUCUACUUCUCAAAUAAAUAAAUAAAAUCUUAAAAAAGAAAAAGCUUAUCUAAACAUGAUGGCAUUGCAUUUGCAUGGAAAAACAGAAAUGUGUUUAUGCUCCUGGACCUCUUCCCCUGAAGAAAUGAAUGAUGUUGUUUUCUUAUUUUCAAAGUGGUCUUACCAAACAGUCUUUUCCAAAUGCCUUUUCUUCCCUGCUUUGUGCCACUUGAGCUGUGAGGACAGGUGACACUUUUUCCUGUCAUUUCCUGGGAGUCUCUUCUGUGCCCAACUUCUGUGGACAGGAGUAUUUCCCAUGGAAAAGCAGUAGGAUUUCAGAGAGAGAAAGCAUCUGGGAAGUCACGAUCAAACCUUCCCUGUGCUCUAACGAGGAAGCCUGCGCUGCUCCCUCUGCCCAGGCCUGCCCCAGCCUGCCCCCGUGCCAGGCCCCGAAUCCCACUCAAUUCCCACUUUUAGUGAACUCUGCCCUUCUUGGCUGGUGGUGCCACUUUUUUUUUUUCUUUGUUUUAAUAACAGGUGUUUCCAAAACCAAGUUCGGAGGACAGCUCCAAUCUCAGCAUUUAAGAUCUUCCAAAACAGGGAAGUAGAUUCUAAUUUUCAUCCCUUGAUAGGAAAAUUUUCAUUUACUGUUUCUUCUUUUUUCUUUGUUCGAAAUGGACGCUGUCAGGAACGGUUGAGAAAAUCGCUUUCUUCUCUUCCUUCCUUGGGGCUUCAGCUCAUCACUGUGCAUAUUUCUACCAGCAGAGCAGGGCUCCCUGGCCUGGCAUUUCUCUCCCCCGUGGCGCCUUUCCUUUUCCAGCUGUCAGCACCUUGGCUGAGCUGGACAGCCCCCUCCUUUCUCAGCAUUGGGCAACUCAACAGGGGCUUAGGGACGACUGAGACUGGACUUUGCAAGGAACCCAAAAGUUGCAGGGGGCAGAGGAGGGAGCACAGAGGGUUCGAGUCACCUCUCUGCUUGUCGCCUCCAUUUACAAAAGCCCAUCACGACACUCAGGGUUGGGGGGUCCUGGAAUCAGAGCAGGGGAAGAGAAUGUCCCUGUGUGGCUCCUCCCACAAGUGCAGGCUUACUGUGUUCCUUCCAGAGUGUUAACUGGAUAUUUUGUUGUACCCCAAGAAAAAUAGCAAAAGCAAAGAAGGACUAGAAGCCAAGUAUUUGUGGGGUUCAUGAAAUAGUCUAAAUUCGGACACACCUAGCAUGUUUAGAAUACGGCUGGAAGUGAGGAAUAGAAAAGGAAACGUAAAGACAAGGAGAUGUGUUUGGGUGUUUUUUCGCCUGUGGGAUGUUUCUGGGGUUCCCAGUUCCAUUUGUAGGGUUCAGCCCUUACUAAUUCUUCUUGUCGGGUCUGGGGUGGCUUAGCUGUUACUCUCCCUUCAAGUUGUUUCAGAUACUCGCGGCUCAUUGGGUUUUUUGCUUUGCUUUGCUUUGCUUUGGGCUGCUACUUCCCUUUUGUGAAUAAUUGCCAUUUUCUGUAUAUAUUUGUUGUAAUUUUGUCAAGAAUAUUUUAUCACCAGUCUUUAACACCUGUCAUUAUCUUCUAGUUCAUGCAUACACUUCACCUAAUUUUAGUCUCUCCACCUGACCUGGUUUUCAAUACUUGUAUCAGUGUAGGUUAUUCCUAUUUUUUUCUAGUGUGGUGAUAUUUUCUUCAUCAAAUAUCAGUAAUUCAAAAAGAUGAAGGCUUAGGCUAGGAAAUACCCAGGUGCCAGGAUUGAGCUCCACCAGUGUUUGUACAGCCCCAGGUUUAUAGUUCUUUUAAAGUCCUGUAAACCUAUUUUUUAUUUACAUCUGAUAGGAGGUUAUAAGAAAGCAAAACUUACUGGAAGCUACAGGGGUAUCAAUUCUGUUCAACCUAGGGGUGGGCAUUGUGGCAUAGCAGGUAAAGCCGCUGCCUGUGAUGCCCUGGCAUCCCUUGUGGGCACUGGUUUGUGCUCUGGCUGCUCCACUUCCAAUCCAGCUCCCUGCUAAUGGCCUGGGAAAGCAAUGGAAGAUGGCCCAAGUCCUUGGGCCCCUGUACCCACAUGGGAGACCCAGAUGAAGCUCCUGGUUCCUGGCUUCAGCCUGGCCAUUGUGGCCACCUAGGGAGUAAACCAGCGGAUGGAAGAACUCUUCCCCUCCCUCUCUCUCCCCUUCUGUAAAUCUGUAAGUCAAAUAAAGAAAUAAAUGCAUCUUUAAAUUUUUUUUCCUUCAACCUAGUUGUGUAUAUCAAAUUUCCUAAUAAUUGCAACUUGUAUCUGCACAUUUUACUGAUACCCAUGCAUCUGCACCCAAAGAGCUUAUAUUUAUUUGUAACUGAAUGCCCUUUUUGGUACAUCCAUCAUCAGCAAUAUCACAUUCAUCUUUUUCUUUCUUCCAUCCCUCAAAGCCCCUUAGUAUUUAUGGUUCAUGACAGGGACUGUGAAUCUUUCUUCCUUGAGACAUUAGCAUGAUACACCAAAAAAAAAGAGAAAGCUUCCAUUUUUAUGGAUUACAAGAAGCAGCAUAUUAGUCAGCAGCUGAUUUCUGCAAAUUUGUCAAUUCCAGAGGGUUUUAUUGCCCAUGUCCUAAUAGGGAUGAUUGAUCCCUCCAAAAUGUCCUUGUAGAACUAAAUGUCUUAGUUAUUUAUGGAGUUUUUUUUUUUUUUAACAAGAUAUUACAAAAAGCUGCAAAGUGUGGGUUGGGCCUCCUUCUCCAGAUGGAGGGACAGUGAUGCUGCAUUAUCCUCGGGUGGGUUCCUGGAUGUUCAGAGCAGAGCACCCGGCCUCCAGUGAGUGCCUCCUGCAUAGGCCUCAGCUGAGCAGAGCACUGCCGCCCCUCUGCAGAGCGUACCCACUGCUUCCUCCUCUAGAGUCCCGCCUGCCUGCUCAUGAGCCCGAGUGUUUGCCCUUCUGUGUGUACACGGGACCAGCUGAGUCCCUAGGAAAGCGUCUCUUCUAGUGCUGGGCACCUCUGGUGGCCAGGCCCUUUCCUGCUCUGAGGAUGCAGAGAGGAAGCCAGGCCCCCUCCCUGGCCGGCCGGUGGUGGUCAGGGUGCACUUGCUCACCACUGGUCUGUGCGCGUGCCUGGACAAAACCAAGGUAAGUCACGGCAGCCGCUGAACUCCUGUAACUUGACGCUGCUUUCUUCUUGGUUUGCCUUAUAUGGAGAGAAAUUUGCUGUCUGGGAAAGUUUAAAGGGAUUGAAAUAAUUUCCUCAUAAUUCCUAAGAUCUCCGGCAGUGUUACAAAUUUAGAUUUGAGAUCACAACAUUAUAAAAUAAAGCAAAAACAGAGAGGUUGCUAUGUCAUAAAAUGCCUGGGAUAUUUUUAAUGUCAAGCUCAGCAGCGUAAAAGCUCGUACCCUUUUUACUCACCCAAAGGAAGAAUAGUGUUAAAUUUAUUUCCAAAAUAAGAAGGGGCUAACCCUCUGGGAGACUGGUGCAGUAUCUUCUUAGAAAAGAACUGAGAGGCUUAAUCUACACUCUUCUAAAAAUAACGUGUUUUCAAAUAGUUUCAAAACCAAUUUAGUCUGCCUGUGUUUCUGUUCGUGGCACCAGUAGCUAAAAGCUAUCCUACUUAGGAAUAUUGCAGACAGUUUUUUUCCCUUUGUGCACUGUUAUGUAAUUUUGGGUCCAUUUUGACCUUGUCUGACACUUGAUGAGCAACUACAUCGCACAUGCUCUGUCCUUUGUGUUUUUCGCUUCAAAAUCAGUUCUGUGGGGAAUAAGAGAAUGGAGCACUGGGAUUUUAUUUUUGAACACUUAAGUUAUAUAACCAGUGAUCUGAGUCCUGUCUGGCCCACAGUGGCCCCAUAGUCUGACCCAAAUAGCCCUUAAAAUAAGAUCUCAUUCUAGAAGGACAACUUUAGGCAGCAUCAAUUUUAAAACCUUUGGGACCCCUGCUCUGCUAUGAUGUAGUGAUUUAAAUGUUAGCUUUAUUUUCCUUGAGUUUCAUACAGAGACUCUCAGAGUUAACGUACCAUUGUUGUGCCUGUAGUGACACAUGAAAACCCCCUGUAGAAGUCCCACUGUGCGAGAAGCUGCAUCGGAGCUCUGCCUCAUUAGUAAACAGUCACCCUGGGAGUCAGUAUAUGAGAGCUGGAAGGGACUCCCGAGCAAGGGUGGCAAACUCACAAGCUUUUGUCGCCAUGCCAGAGCAGAGUCAGCAUUCUGAUAGGGGGAAGUCCAUGACCCGGCAGUGGAUGAGAACCAUCGUGGCUGUUAAACAUUGGCAAGUAACUUUAAAUGCAUGCAGACAUUUGUGGGGCUAACUGGUCUGUGGUUGAAAAGACAGCUUUUAGGGUACUAGGUUCCCAGCGCACACCUCACCCGACCUCCAGUCACCUUACAGAUGAGGAAGCUGAGACCCAGAGAGGUGAAGCGCCUCUCCUGAAGUGGGGGUGAGGUGGAGCAAGGCGGGGUUGGUGACAUUCUGGAAGGGAGCGCUCUUCGGGCGGAAAACCCACCAGAGUGUUGUUCCUGUUCAUUGACAGCAGGGUAGCUUUUUUUUCCCUUUCCAUCAGUGCUUAAAAUAAUUAAAAAUAAUAACAUCCAGGGGAAAACACAAGAGGUACUGCACACCUAUCUCUCUUUCAUUGAUUUUUUUAUACACAUCCCAUUAGCAUUUACUUUUCUCUUUCAUCUUCAAAGCAGUUCAAAAGCUAAUUUAUCAUUUGGACUCGGGGAAGUGUAUCAUGACUUAUUUUUCAUUAUUUAUGAGUAAUGAAAAGGGAAGCACUCUUUAAGACCAGGUUAUCUUAAUGUAAACACACACACACACACAGAGACACACACACUGACUGCAGGAAAUGUGUGUGGCCUCAGCCCUUUUGUCUACUGGAAGCUUGUCUGAGAGCAUUUAAUUCCAAAAGUGGUGGUAAUGAGUUUUGACAAAAUUGCUGUUACUCAGAGUCCAAUAAAACUUCAUUGCUGCAUUGUAUUGAGAUUUUAUUUCAUUGCCCCAUUACUGCAAAAUAUUGAGGAGGGCCCAUUGAAAGUAUGGAGUUUGGGACUUUUUUCCUGCCUAGAGCCUACUGGCUUUAAGUUAAAAAGUCAUCAUAGAUUUCAAGUAAGCCGUUCAAGUUUGGGAUAUUUAUUCGCUUUUCUUUAGGAAAGUAGGAAGCAUACCUCAUAUUAACGUUAUUAAAAACGUUAUUUUGGCAUAGUUUUAGAUUUAUAGAAAAGUUACAAAGAUAGUAAAGAAAGUUCCUGAAUACUCUUCACCAGAUUCCCUGAAUGUUAAAAUCUUACAGAACUAUGGUACAGUUGUCAGCACUAAGACAUGAAUGUUGGCAUGAUACUGCUGCUUCAACUGCAGACUUUAUUCAGAUUUAUGUUGAAUCUUAUUUUUAAAAAAAAUUAUUUAUUUUGAAAGAGAGAGGGAGAGACAUUCUAUCUGCUUGUUAUUCCCCAGAUGGCCUCAAUGGCUAGCGCUGGGCCAGCCUGAAGCCAGGAGCUUCUUUUAGGUCUCCCAUGUGGGUGCAGAGACCCAAACACUUGCCCAGGCACAUCCACACAUAGCUGGAUCAGAAGUGGAGCAGCCUAGACACAAACCAGUGCCCAUGUGGGAUGCCGGUGUCCCAGGCUGUGGCUUAACCCGCUGUGCCACAGUGCCAGCUCCUAUGUUGGAUUUUAAAGUUAAUAAGUCUGUGUUAAACUGUUCAACAAGCCGGUGCCGCUGCUCAAUAGGCUAAUCCUCCGCCUGCGGUGCCAGCACACCGGGUUCUAGUCCUGGUCAGGGUGCCGGAUUCUGUCCCAGUUGCUCCUCUUCCAGUCCAUCUCUCUGCUGUGGCCCGGGAAGGCAGUGGAGGAUGGCCCAGUGCUUGGGCCCUGCACCCACAUGGGAGAACAGGAGAAGCACCUGGCUCCUGGCUUCGGAUCAGUGCGGUGUGCCGGCCACAGCGGCCAUUGGGGGGUGAACUAAUGGAAAAAGGAAGAUCUUUCUCUCUGUCUCUCUCACUGGCCAUUCUGCCUGUCCAAAAAAAAAAAAAAAAAAAAAAAAAGCUGUUCAACAAAAGUAAUAAAUAGUAUAUCCUUGUAGCUGUGACUUGAAAUGGGCAGAGUUGGGUCCCUCCAUAUUUUGCAUCACCUCUCCCCAAAGUCGUCUCAAGCAAGUGUGAAGUCUAAGUAAAAGCAUGCUGGUGUAUUUGCUUUGCAAAUGCCUCUUGAAGAGGAGUCUGUAAUCCCAUCUCCCACCAGGCUGCCUUGCCUGGAACUCUGCAGCUGCCUGCUGGAGAAGACAAAUGUUAGGAGGAGCGAGUCCAGAGAGGAACGCACCCUCCCUGCCUCCUCAGGCUUCACCUGUGCCGCAAGUUCCCAGGACCGGAAGUAAGCCCCGCCAGUCCACUGCCACCGGUGUCGCUGUUUGGAAUGUUACCUGGCACCCCAACAUCCAAGCCUUUGGGCAACAGCUUUGGCCUUUGGAAUGGGUUUCUUGAACAUUAAGUUUCUGGUGGGAUUGGGAAGGCUGUGAGUGUGUAGGUGAAAGGUGUGGCAGAGGGGCCAGGGGACCGUUGACUGACAGAUGGAUAAACUGCCUGUGGAAUGCUUGCUACCUGCUGUCAAUGAAGUCUUGAGGAUGUGUUGGGAGCUCUCUCUCGAAGAGCAGGAAUGGUGGGGAAAGAGGUGUGAGACUCCAGCAGCGGGGGAACAGGUCAGGAAAUCACCCCAUUGGGAUGUCCAGUGUUUGUUGACUGAGGGGAUGACCCGGAUUUCCAAAACCAAAGGACCAGUGGGCACGAGGCAUCAUUUUGUUGCCAAGAGAGGAGAGCCCCAACUCAGUGAAUUCUCGGACAGAGGCUCUUCUAGUUCCUCACUCUCUGCCUUUGGAUGUCCUGGUGGGGCUGACAGGAUCGGGGGUUUCCUCCUGAGGAUGCUUGGACUUCUUUUACUGAUUACACGUUGAACGUUUUGUGGAGUAUGGUAGCGCCAACUAAACAUUUCUGUCUCCAGAACUCUGUUUUCUAGACCAGGAAGUUUUGAGUCCUGUGCUCUCUUGAGGUUCAUCAGGUGCUGAUUGAGGGCAGGGCACGCCGGCACCACAGCCUCCCUAUGCUCAGGUUCUCCCUCCUAGAGCGGAUGUGCAUGUUUUUUGUGCCCAGCAUGAGUUAUCCUUCCUAAUAACUCCCAGCCACCUGUUAGGCCCUCUUCCUGGUGGUGCGUGUUUUAGGUGGGAGGGCACUCAUCGCUGGCCAGCUCGUGUCCUGGGAACCUCACCCCAGCUCCUCCUUGCCUGGCCCUGCUCCAGGUGAAAGAGCCCCCGGGGGACUUUUAAGUGUAGGACUCUGUGCCAGGUCCCGAGGGACAGUAGAGGCCCUUGCAGUGGUGACUGCUGCUAACUGCGUGACAUAAAGUGUGGCCCUGACUUCUGCUGCCUGACUUGCCCUUGGUUUCUUCUGCUUCCAAGAUAGCUGCUGCGCUGUCCACCUCCUGUUGAUUUUUGGGUUGCAGUUGGUGCUGGUUGUAUCACUUGCAAAUCAGGGACCAGAGCAGUAACAGCAAGCAGUCUCUGACUCAGAACCCAAGUUGAGAUCUGCAGAAGUGAUGUUCAGGGUGUCAUUAGUGGAUCUUGCCACAUCGACAUCCUGCCCCAGGGAAUCUUGUCCACAUAAUCCCUCCUUGACCCCCGCAGUCCCCACCCUGCCCAUUUAUGGGGUGGUAAGCCAAAGCAAGGGAAGGCAGCAAUAACCUUGGGAAGGACGAAAGCCUAACUGACCUAUGUAGGGAUUCAGUCUCUGGAUAGGGUAGUGUUGACACCUGGAUACAAACACGGAGCCGACAUAGUGCUUUCAGCUGAAGUUGCAGAUGUACCCAGUACUCUGAUUUUGUUCCAGACACAUGCUCUUGACGCAGCUGAGACUUUGUACACAGACGUCAUUAUCUACAGGCUCUGGAAUGGAGACAGCAGCCUCUUUAUGUUUAUUAAGGUAAACUGGCUAGCAUUAGGAUAUAAAUCUUGUAUUUUAAAUUAUUUAUUCCGUUGAGAGAUACAAAGACCUCCCUUUUGCUGGUUCGCUCCCCAGAUGUCUACGUCAGCCAGGACUGGGCUGGGACUGAAGCUGGGAGCUGGGAGCUCACACAGGUCUCCCAUGUGGCUAGUAGGAACCCAACUACUUCAGGCAUUACCUGCUGCCCCCGAGGUCUGCAUUAUUAAGAAGCUGGAAUCGGGCUAGAGCUGAGAAUUGAGCCCAGGCACUCCGAUGUGGCAUGUGGGCACCUUACCCCAUGUUUUACCUCUAGGCCACAAGCAUACCCUACAGCUUGUAUUUUUAAUGUGAAAUAAAUUUGUGGAAACUUUGUAUUUUACGUGUAGCGAGUCCCUGAAUUCUGAAGGGAUAAAUGUUCUGAAUCCAUUCUGGAGCAAGAGUUAAAAUAUUUCAAAAUUGCGUAUAUGAAGUUUUUCAACAAAGCAUAGUUUGCAAGAUGAUGUCUGCCAACAAUUUCCUUAAUGUAUGUCAUUAUCUUUUCUUCAUAGCUUGAGUCAGACACUGAAUGCCUAGUGUGUGUUAGGUGUGGAAGGUGGGAGGAGCUACAGCUGACAGGGAACUGUGAUACCGCACAGCGUGCCUUCUGGAGCCAGCAUGGGAGGCUGAUGGAAGUCACAGGAACACUCAGGUGUGGCAGGCACUGCCUGAGAGAGCAGCGAUGCCGUGAGGAGGUGCAGCAGUGAGCACUAAACCUGACCUGCAGUUACUUCCUGGGACAGGACCUGUCCGUGGCACAGGCCCGUCCACCUUCACCACUAGAAAAUGGGCAGGAAUGGUAAAACAGCUGGAUCGGAAGUGGAGCAGCCAGGACCUGAACGGGCGCUCUGAUAUGAGAUGCCAAUGUUGCAAACAGUUACAAACUACUGUGCCAAGUACUUAGCAGUUAGCCUCUCUGACCUUCAUCACGCAGUAACUGGUUGUUUUACUUAUACCUGUGGCCAAAUCUGAGUAUCUCCAGAUACACAAUACUCUCUUAGGCCUAUGUGUUUCUAUUUGAGGAUUUUUUCAUAAGCAAGACUUUUUCCUUUUAAUUGAAAAUUGAUUUGGACAUAAAUGCGUGGCAUUAUGCUCUUCUUUCUGCUUUGAAGCCCCUACUACCACCUCUGUCCUUACUUCUAACAAGUUGUGUCUGUCCAGACCUUCAGGCUUCAAUAAAAACUCACCCUCUAUACUGGUGUGAAGACAUCGUAAUCAUCCUCAGGUUUAGGGGAGGCCCAGAGAAGUUAAACGGGGCAUUCAGAGUAGUCAGAAUUCUGUUCUCUUUCUCUCUCAAUUUUUAUUUCUUCCUUAGAAAGAGAAAGAGAAAGCUCCUAUAUGCUGCUUCACUCCUCAAAUGCCCACAGUGGCCUGGGCUUUGGUGGAUGAAAGCCAGGAUCCAAGAACUCAAUCCAAGUGCCCCACACCAAUAACAGGAACCCAGUUACUUAAACCAUCACCACUGCUUGCCAGGGUUUGCAUUAGCAGGCAGCUGGAGUCAGAACUUGGAAGUGGGGAUAAAACCCAGCCAUUCCCCUAUGUGCUUGUGGGCACCUUAAACACAGGCUGAGUGCCUGCCAGCUGGUCCUCGCAAAUUGAUGUCAUGUAUAUGUAGAGUGAGACUGUGGGUCCUUAAGGUUACAGGCAGCCGGGGACGUGUGCAGCGAGCUCUGGGAGCCAGAGCUCCGGGAGUGCUCUCUUCCCAGAAAUCUCGGGACUGCAUUCAGCAGUGGCAGUGGCAAAGGGUCUCACAAAGAGACACUCGCUCGAAGGACCAGGAAGGGAGACAGAGUUGGGUGAGGAGAAGCCGAGGAGCUCAAGCUGCAGCUGCACCCACUUCCCUCUGGGAUUUUUUGGGGGGGUCCAUUUGUGUACUUAUUCACUCAACAGUCAUCUCUUUAUUUUUUCAGUAGUUGCACUGGGCAUGACUCUGGCAGAGACGAGUGAGCUGUGAUCCCUGCCCCAACGGCAUAUUUAUUUUGGUGAGGGAGAUAGACGGCAAACAAAUUCCGCGGUUAGUGUUUAAUGUCUGUAAUAAGUGGACGAAAGAGAGACUCUGGAUACUUUGGAGACCGACUUGGCCACCUGCGGAGCAGUGCUGGGGGGACGACAGCUGAGUGGAGACCCCAAGAAUGGGAUGGCUGGAGCCGUGCCAGCUGAGGGCCCUGGGGCAGAGAGAGUGUGCGAAGGUUCGAGGAAUCUAAGGCCACAAUACCCUCCUCGCUAGCACACACGUCCCUGGCCUCCCAGUGUGCACCUUAUUAGUGGAACUUCCCAUUGCUUCUCAAAGCCUUCUCGUACCCAAUAAGACAAUCCUGCAGUCUUCCUGAGGUAAAUUUAAAAAAAAAUUAUGCUGCAGGAAGUUUAAUAAUAGGCACAAUUCCUGCAAUGCUGUUUUCUUUUCCCCGGAGAGCUGGGGCAGGGUGGAGAAUGGAGGCUUUUAGGGAAUCAGUGGGAAGAAGCUCUUGGAGUUUGGGAGUGAAUCCGUGUUAAACUCCUUGGGCUCCGAGAACUUACUGAAUGUUUUGGUUCUGUCAGGUCUGCUGACUGCUGUGCGCCGAGGCUGUGUUAAUGCAGAAGUCCCAGGCUUUGCCCCAGUGAGUUGCUCAGGAUCUACCUGAACCUUAAUGCUCACUAACCCAGGAUGGGGCAGAGGGGUUGAAGUGCCAGGUACCAACAGGAUCGGGGCCAGGACGUCGAACAUUCGGAUGCCAGCCACAUGGGUGCAUGCUCCAGCCUGGGACUUCCUUCUGGGAUUCUCGGUGCUUUGCAGGCAGGUGCUGGAAGGUUAGAGGACACCCCUCCUGCCCCCAUGCAGCUGAUGUGUGAUGAUUGGAUUGGGGAGCCUUGGUUAGGAGCCAAGGGACAUACAUUACUAUGCAGAGCGUGACCAGUGAAUUGUAAUGAGCUGAAGUAAGGCUUAAUUUUCUCUUCUAUCCAUCCACAAUGAAAAGCUGUUGAAUGUCAAAUAUGGUUUGCAACUUUGAAGUGAAAAUGUUUCCUGCCACAUGCCAUGCAGUUGAGCAAGUCCACACCUGUUCAUCUGGUCGUGGAUUAGCAGAAAGAAUGAAAGAGAAAAACUGUGUGCCUUUGAGCUAAGGUGUUUUCAAUACUUAUUACCCCGAUGCCCUGCAUGGCGCUCACUUUCUCUGCUGUUUUCCUUUCAUCUUGAUGCUGUAAGCAACGUGCCGCCUUCCCUAUGGAACAGUGCAGGUCUCGUGGAAAGGGCUCAGUGACUCCAGUUCAGCUGACCAGAUCUUCAGAAGAGCUGUUUACUACACAGGAAGCAAAGGCGGACGAAUUCCCCGGCACAGUGGCAUCUCCCAAGAAUUUCCUUUACUCUUCCCCUUGAACCUGUGGCUUGUGUUCUUCAAGUUAGCCCCUAGAAUAAGUGGGAAAGUAAGUGGCUUUAUAGCUUCAUGCUAGAUCUGAGAGAAGUAUUUACAAAUCUCUAUCCAGAACAAAACUGUGAAAGCUGGUUUUUAAAGAUUUAUUUACUUGAAAGGUAGAGUUAUAGAGAGAGAGAAAGAGAUCUUCCACCCACUGGUUCACUCCCCAAAUGGCCACAACAGCUGGGACUGGUUCAAGAUGAAGCCAGGAGGCUGGAACUCCAUCUGGGUCUGCUGUGUGGAUGGCAGGGCCCAGCCACUUGGGCCAACUUGCAUUGCUUUCCCAGGUGCAUCAGCAGGAAGCUGGAUCAGAAGAGGAGCAGCCAGGAUUCUAACUGACUCUCAUUUUGGAUGCUAGUACUGCACGUGGUAGCUUAACCUGCACAAUACUAGCCCCUUGUGAAAGCUUUAAUACUAAGUCAAAGUAGCAAAGCUGACUUCUCCUGUCUGUGGCUUCUUUGCUUUUGUAGCCUGGAAACUGAACUGGUGCUGUUUUUGAAUUAGAAAAAGAUUUUGUGGUUUUUCUCCAAACACCUGUCUCCAUUAAUAAAUAAAUAAAAUAAAAAGAUUAUAGGGAAAACUCAAAGUUCUGUAAUAGUUAAAAAAAAAUCACAAGUAUUAUUCAUUUUAUACACCUACCAAUGACAAUGUACUUAAAAUGCCGUAUCGGAACAGUUGUGCAACUUCUCAAUUUGAUAGCUUUUCUAAAAAGCAUAACCAGCCUUCCAUAAAUGUAAUGAAAGCUUUUUUCAUAUUAGAGGCAUGUUAUUGGGAGAUGGAAUGUUUCCUUCUCUCUCCGUAACUGCGCUGUGAUUAAAUAUUGACUAAGAGCCAGGAGUUGACGGCCAGCAGCCUCGCCCUGGUGAAUGCUGCUGUGUGGGGCUGAAUAUGAACACCAGGCUGGUACCCCGCAGGGCCCUGGCCUUCUUUGGGAAGUAGGGAGCAGGCGAGUUGUGUGAGUUAUGCAUGACGUAUCCAUUCAAGUGCUGCAAUAGAAGGGUAUAAUUCGACACAAGUAAUUCCUUAAAAAGCAGCUCCCAUAGGGUCCAGAGAAAAAUGUAUUUCCCUAAUCAAUCUGAAUAAUAAAGAGGCUUUUAGAAAUCUUAACAAAACAUCCAGGCUGAAGGCUGCUGUUUGCAGAAACAAAAGAGCUGUCCAUCAUAGGGACAGCUUCUGCUUUCAUAAUGGCUGCUUGGUUUAUGUGAAACAAAUUGGUCGAAAUCAUCAGGUUUAUUUCUGGGACACAAAUAUUUGGGAAAUUUCAGCACAUCUUCUGUGUCUUUGUCAUAUGUGCAUUUCUUUUUCCAGAGUCUGACCGUUUAAAAUAUGCACUUGGUCAUGUCUGUCUCUCUGAAAGGGAAAAUUAGAUGUUUUGCUUCCUUUCUGAAAGAAAAUAAUCAUCAUUGCAUUCUUUGCUGUUAAUAAGGCUUAAUAUAAGAUCUAAUUAUUUUUAUUCUAAGACUUUUAAACUCUGCAACAGAUACCUGGAAGACUCACUCACCAGCUGUCCCUUUCUGUUUAUAGACAAAAUGAAGCCAAAUCUGAUUAUUCUAUGUAAGUCAGAAAGAUUUCAGCAUGGAUCUCCUGUUUAGCAAAUAAAGUCAGCUUUAAAGUCCGCUUUUUAUUCCAGCAAAAUUUUAUGGACAUUUCCUAACCUCUAAAUUGGCUCGAACUCUCUUUUUAUAACAGUCGUCUAAGCAUCUGUAUCACCCUCGUCAAGGUGUAGUGUAAUUAAAAGAUACUUCUCAGAUGACUCAGGGUUAACCAGAAGGGGAUCCCUGUGGAUUUGAGUUGUCUAAUCCCUCUAAGAGGCAUUUGCAUGCCUAUGAAAGUUCUUUUCUUUCCCUUAAAUGUCCAUGAGUCUGUCUUCCCCAGGAAAUGCGCUGAGAAAUGCAUUUGGUGCAGCUGACAUGUGAUGAGAAGCAAUGGUCAUAAAUCAUGCUUUAGUUCCUCACUUUCAGUCAGAAGCACAGAACUGACUCAGAGACGUCUGAGUUAAGUGUGCAUGUGUGGGGGUGGGCGUCAGCAGAAUUAACCCUCAGCUGGGCCAGUAACAGUGCGCAGACUCUUCUUUGGGGUCUUGGUGCACAAGAAAAAAUACAGAUAAGUGAAUGAUCCCUUUCUUUUGAAAAACCCCAAAUUUUUGUAAAAACUAAAGGGAGCAUUGAGGUCAGAUUUUUUAAAGAUACAUUUAUUUGAGGGACUGGCAUUGAAGCGCAGAGGGUAAUGUUGCCAUCUGUGACACCAGCAUCCCAUAUGGGCACUUAGUCCCAGCUACUCCACUUCUGACCCAGCUGUCUGCUAAUGCACCUGGGAAAGUAACAGAAGAUGGCCCAAGUGCUUGGGCCCCUGCCACCCAUGUGGGAGACCCCAUUGGAGUUCCAGGUUCCUGGCUUCAGCGUGGCUCAGCUCUAGCUCUUGCAGCCAUUUGGGAAGUGAACCAGAGGAUGAAAAAUCUCUGUGCCAUUCUGCCUUUCAAAUAAGUAAAUCUUAGAGAGAGAGAGAGAGAGAGAGAGAGAGAUCUACUUGCUGGUUCACUCCCAAAUGACUGCAACAGGCAGGGCUGGACCAGGCCGAAGCCAGGAAUCUGGAACUCAGCUGGGUCUCCCACCUGGAAGGCAGGGGUGCUUGGGCCAUCUUCCGCUGCUUUCCCAGAAACAUUAGCACGGAGCUGGAUCGGAACAGGAUAGGAAGUGAAUCAGCCAGGACUCAAACCAGUGUUCAUGUGGGAUACUGACUUUCCAGGCAGAAGCUUUACCUGCUGUGCCACAGUGCCAGCCCCUUGAGGUAAGUUUUGAAGGAAAAAAACUUUCGGGCUGGCGCCAUGGCUCACUAGGCUAAUCCUCCGCCUGCGGCACCAGCACACCGGGUUCUAGUCCUGGUUGGGGUGCCGGAUUCUGUCCCAGUUGCUCUUCUUCCAGUCCAGCUCUCUGCUGUGGCCUGGGAAGGCAGUGGAGGAUGGCCCAAGUGCUUGGGCCCUGCACACGCAUGGGAGACCAGGAGGAAGCACCUGGCUCCUGGCUUCAGAUUGGCGCAGCACACCGGCCGUAGCAGCCACUUGGGGGUGAACCAAUGGAAAAGGAAGAUCUUUCUCUCUGUCUCUCUCUCUCUCUCUCUCUCACUAACUCUGCCUGUAAAAAAAAAAAAAAAAAAAAAAAGGAAAAAAACUCCCAAGCAGACACAGCCUGCAAAGGGAGUGUGGAUAGGUGUGCGACUGACUAGCUUUGGUGUUGACUGCCGUAGAGAAGGCUUGUUGGGGAUUGACUUUGGUUCUGAUCCUGUACCAAGGAACACAGUGUGUAUCCAUUUUUUCAGUAAAACGAUUGAGAGCAACAAGACCUAGGACGAUGUAGUGACUUUCACGCAGCUAGGAAGUGGCUGAGUUAGAAUUCCACAUCCACAGUGCCAUAGUUCAAGAUCUAUUGCAGAGUAGCUCUCUAGUGGUGUGAUGUGGAGUGGGAACCUGUGCCUGCCCUCCUGUGCAUUUUGCUGGGUUUUGGUUGUCUUUGUAAACAUUAGAUGCUGCUGAGUGAUUUCCCUCUGCUUUUUCAAUACUAUUUACCCCCGCAUAUCUCACACACACCUGCUGAAUCCCGUGUGUUCCUUCUCUGGAUGAGGAGUGGUGGUCAGCCUUACCUGGGUCCUGCCCAGAGCCUGCUGCUGGGAAGCGCUCAGUGAGCUGAAUGGAUUCCUACUGAAAUAAUGAAUCCCUUUGCUCACACACACACACAUGUAUGUUAUAUACAUGUUAUACAUAUAUAUGUGUAUAUGUUAUGUAUGUUAUACAUAUAUAUAUAUAUAUGAUUGGAGAACAAAUCCAACAAACAGAUUCUUAGCUUUUUUUUUCUUCUGGGAGAACUGCUUUUUGGUUUUAACAGGGCUUUUGAAAAUUCAGCCUAAGGGCUGACUUCUGUACUGAGAAUACACACGUGGAGUCCCCCUUUUUGGCCAUCUACUAUGUUUGCACCAGUUCCCCUCUUCUGAGCCUGAAUUUGGCCAGCCAGCACCAAACACCUGUCAUAGUUUCAAAGAACCCUGACUUAGGCUUAGGUCGAAGGAAUGAAGAAAGUUAACUGAGGCAUGUUUACAUUUUCUGAUUGUGUGUGGCAACUAGAGUUACCAUCCCAGAACGCUUUAAAAUAAUCUGAUCGAGAUGACUUUUGGCCCACUUUCAGUGGUGUUAGGUGUCAGCACAGUCCCUGCAGUCUGGAGACAGCCCUGACUUUGCUCCCAGUUAGCUGACCCCUGUUGAGUGUAACUGGAACAUCUGUGAAUUCUGUGCCCUUUUCAAGGAAGCACAUUCUUAGAUUACUGUCUUGGGGCAGACCUAAAAAAGAUACUAUUUGACACUAUAUUUUCAAUUUUACUCUUUCCAGAAAAAUAGCAUACUGGUAAGAAUCUACUGUAAAUGCUUUUUCUAGAGACAAACUAAGCUUAAUGGAAAUGACAAGAGGUAGUCAUUGCACUGAAAACAGUGGGUUCUGGGGCUGGGACCAACAGCUUCAGAAUGACUUGCUGAAUGUCAAGCAGUCUUCUCUUGUAAGACAUUAAACACAAAGAUAUCACAGGUCCUGAGUGUGAUUUCCUCCUGAUUCAUCCAUACACUCUAGAACAUUCCUAUGAUAGGUUUAUUGCCCACAGGAAUUUAUUGGGGGUAUCCUUCAAGGUGAACCAUUUUCCAUUGGCCUGUCUCAGGGUCAAGUUAUCCACUUCCCUUUCUCAGUGAGUUUACCAUAGUUCAUUCAUUCAUCCAGAGUUUAUAGAGAGUUUAUCUGCUGUAUAGUAGGCACUGAGCACACAUGCUGGGGAAAAGAAAAACACCCCACAUGUAAAAUCUUCCUCUUAAUGUGGGACACAUGUAUUAAACCUGUGAACCCUCCUCACCCCGUAAGAGUUAGGGUGCUUCAGAGCAACAGCAUCACUAGAAUGUGUGUGUGUGUGUGUGUGUGUAUAGAGGAAGAAAUUUAUUUUAAGGAAUUGGCUCAUGCGGUUGUAUGGGGCUGGCAAGUCUAGGUGGGCAGGCUUGGAAAUUCCAGUGAGUGCUGUUGCUGUCUUGAGUCCAGAGGCCGUCUGGAAGCAGAGUUCAUUCCUCUUCAGGGGACUCAGUCUUUGCUCUUGUCUUCAAUUGAUAGGAUGAGACUGACCCACUUUCUAGAGAUUAAUCUGCUUUCCUCAAAGUUAACAGAUGUAAAUGUUAAUCCACAUCAGGAAAGUACCAUCGCAGCCAUGUCCAGCCUGCUAUUUGACCAAAGCAACUGUGCAUCUUGACCUAGCCAAGUUGAUACAUAAAGUUAACCAUCACUUGUAUUCCCUCCCUCAUCUCCAAACCACUGUGUCCGUUCAGUGUUUAGUGGCUCUCGAAUUUGAGCAUGUGUCAAAAUCUCCUGGAACAUUUGCUAAACACAGAUUGUUGCUCCCCACCACCUCCUGGCCCAGUGAUUCAGGAGGUCUAGGGUGUGACGUUUCUGACACGUCCCAGAUGAUGCAAAUGCUACUGGUCCAGAGACCACACUUGGAGAACCACUGGUCUGUUUAAUCCAGGGUCUGUCCCCUAACUUCAUGACUCAGAAACUGAUCUUGUGAUUCUAAGGACUGUUUUAUUUCUGAUAGGUGGCCCAAAUCAACCAAGAGUACGGUGCUGUGUAAAAUGUCAAUCCAAAUUGAUUAAUUUAUAAAAGAACUAAAACCACCCCAGUAAGCAGAAUAAUCCUAUCAGUGUUAGGUGGACCGUGUGCCCUGGGCAGCUCGAUGGGAUGCUACAGUCCAAAGGAGUUGGGGAUCUGUUUGCUGCCAUCGCUCCCACCACAGGGAGGGUCAGAUGCUCAUUGCCCACUGCCAAAGUCUGUUCUCUCUGGAUUAUGAUGAGGACAUUGCUUGGGGAAUGGAUGCUUGAAGUGGGGAGGCUCAACUUGGACUAAUCUGAAGAAUGCUUCUCUCUGCUCUGCAGACCUUACCCAGUGUAGGGCUCAAAGUCCACAGAGACUGGCAAUGCUUUUAGCGUAUCAUUAAAAGUUAGUCUGUAUAAAAACUUUUUGUUAGGUGUAACAUACACUGUUUGUUUGAAAGGGGAGCUUGGGCAGCAUGAGAAUAAGUGAGCCUAUAUUCUUUCCAGGUUGGGUUUCCUUUCUUAGGUAGAAUUUGAGUGAAGUUACAAUCUCCCUAUAAAACAUUGUUUGCAUCUUUAUACAUUGAGGGCACUUGACUUUGGAAAAACAUUUGUACAUAUCAUAUUUUGAAAACUUCUUGUGUUCAUUUAGAAGGCAUUUUUUCCCACUAAGCUUUGGCUUUCUGACUGUGUGUGCUAUUUGAAGGUUUUAUAUUAAGAACAAAGCUUCUAAAUAAAAACCAUUGAACCAAAUUGUGUUACAAAAAUAUUUUGUAUAUAUUAUUGGUUUGGAUCUUCUUUUUUAAGAAUCUUUUUAAAAAAUAUUUAUUUAUUUGAAAGGCAAAAUUAAAGAGAGAGAGAGAGGUGUUUUCCGUCUACUGGUUCACUCCCCAAAUGACCACAACAGCCAGGGCUGGACCAGACUGAAGCCAGGAGUACAGGGACCCAAGGACUUGGGCCAUCUUCUGUUGCCUUCCCAGGCACAUGAGUAGGAAGCUGAAUCGGAAGCAGAUCAGCCCAGACUUGAACCAGUAUAGUAUGCCAGUGUCAUAAGGGGUGGCUUCAUCCUCUGUACCACAUGCUACCCCAAUUUUGGCCUUUUGAAUAAAACUAGUUCUGAAAAAUCAGAAUGUGGGCUGAAUCCACAUUGACUCCACACCUUGCUUGCAUUGAACAACAACUUCUUCUUCUUCUUCUUCUUCUUCUUCUUCUUCUUCUUCUUCUUCUUUUUUUUUUUUUAAGAUUUCUUUAUUUAUUUGAAUGUCAGAGUUGAGAAGGAGAGGCAGAGAGAGAGAGGUCUUCCAUCUGCUGGUUCACUCCCCAGUUGGCUGCAACAGCCAGAGCUGUACCAAUCUGAAGCCAGGAGCCAGGAGCUACCUCUGUGUCUCCCACAGGGUGUAGGGACCCAAGGACUUGAGCCAUCUUCUACUGCUUUCCCAGGCCCUAGCAGAGAGCUGGAUUGGAAGUGGAGCAGCCGGGACUUGAACCAGUGCCCAUAUGGGAUGCCGGCGCCUCAGGCGGCAGCUUUACCUGUUAUGCCACACACCCCUGCAUUCAACUUCUUGUGAAAGACAAUUGAAUAAACAUCCUUAGACAUGAGAAUGUAGUGGCCUUGGAACUCCCACGACUUUAUUGUCCUCAAGAUGCUGGAAGAGGACAAGGAGGGCCAGUCUAGCACAAUAACAAGUAGAUUUGCAUCAAACUCAGCUGUGUGGUAUAAGGGAGGUGCAUUCUCCUAUUUAACCUUCCAGUCUUGUUGUCAUGGCAGUCCAAGCUCCAGACAACAAACAGACCAUGCUAAGAAUUUCAGGGAGCAGUUUGGAUACAAGGAAUUGGCUGUACAGGGAAGGAAGACUCAGAGAGCAAGACGUGGACGCUGAGCUAACCAAGAGCCUCGGAGCUGCAAGAGGCAGCCACACCCCUAGGACUGAGGUAGCAAAGGGCAGAGGUGACAGUGCCAGCUCCUUCCUGGGAGGUGCCUCCCGUGGCAUCCCAGUCUGAGUCCCAUCACAGGAAGGUUGCCCUGCCACACGCGCCCUGUGCAGCUGCUGGGGUGUCCACAGGGCCUGGACCUCACCAGGCACAUCCUUCCUCCCUUCCCACAGGCCAGUCCUCUGCUGGUGUCCCCCACCGGGCAGAUCCAGCAGGGCGCCAGGCGACAGAGGAGCCUGGGAAAUGUCCCUUGCACAAGCUCGGUGGCACGGAGCAGAGGCCCAUAGCUCUUCCUUCCAUACAAAGUGUCUCGGGGGAAGGGGUGUUAGUGACAGAGGCUCUUAUUUACAAAGGCAAGGAGGGAGCCUAUUAAUCUGUUUCAGUUACCCUACAGAGUCUUCCCCAGUCGUUACUGGGAGGUACUUGUAGAUUAAUGAGGAAAAGAAAAACCUCAGCUCGCUUUUAAAUCCCACAGGAUAGAUUGCUAUCGAAUAUUACAGUUCCCAGAGAAUGGGACGCCGUGUAAUAUCUCUCAUUUAGAUUUUGAGAUAUUUCAAAAACUUGUGUCCAUGUUUGGGCGUGAAACUGCACCCUCAUAAUAGCUAUUCUUAUCUGUAUGUCGAUCCUGUGCCUUAACAAAAUGGUUUCAUUUUCUUCUAAAGAUUAAAAUUCCAUGGGCAUCUUUUUGCUACAAUUCCUUUGUUCAUUUCUAGAGAUGAUGGAGUUGGUACGGAUAGGGUUGUCCUUGUAUUGUCUUCAGCACUGUUCAAUAAGCCUUUAUUAAGGCCUAUCAAAUGCCAGGCUGUGUCUCAAAGAUGUGGAGGCAGAGGAGAGCUGGGUGGUGGGGAAGAGCUUGGCUUUGGGCAUAGGACAGACUUGGCUUUGAGUUCCAGCUUUGUCCGUUCAAAGCUACUUACCCUGUUGAGCUCGAUGUCUUCGUCUCCAACAUGAGUCUAGAUGCUAGUAAUGAAGUGUUUGUGCACUACUAGUGAUGUGGUAAGGUACAAAAAUUUGUGCCAAAAUAAAGUUAGCUUUUCAUUCUAUUUCCUGUGAACUUUUGAAGUUCCCAUGUGUGGUAAAGCACUUGACACCAUUCUGGAACUGCUUCAUUAAGUAUAUCAUGUUAUUUUUAUUGUCAUUUUGAUAAGCAGUCAUAGUUUUGGUAAACUUUCUAGACACUAUUAAACUUAAAAUUUUUUUUUUGAGAGAGGUUCUUUUCUUAAAAAUUAAUUUAUUUGAAAGGCAGAGUUACAGAGAGAGAGGGAGAGACAGAUCUUCCAUCCACUGAUUCACUCCCUAAAUAGCUGCAGUGACUGGGGCUGGGCCAGGCAGAAACCAGGAGCCAAGAGCUUGGGUGCAGGGGCCCAGGGACUUGGGCCAUCUUCUGCUGCUUUCCCAGGCCAUUUGUGGAAAUGGGCAGACAGGACUCAAAGUGGCACCCACACGGAAAGCUGGUGCUGCAGACAGUGGUUUUAAUUGCUACUCCCCAAUGCAAGCUUAGAUGUUUGUAUUUCAUUCAUGUAGCUAGCAUUUUAAUUUAUUGGUUUUUAGUUAUUGGCCUAGAGAGGCUUGUUUAUUUUAAAAUUAUUUGUUUUGGAUCUAUACAGUUCCUUGCUCUCAGAAGGAUUUGAGGUGAUUGGCUUGUCAUUUAUAAAGUUUUUGUAAGAUAAUUUAAAAAAUAAUUCAAGUACUUUAAUCAUUUUUCAGGCCUUUGUUUUUUUAUAUUUACUUGUAGGUUGAUAGCCAGUUCAUCAUAAUGGAGAUUUGGUGUGGGGUUGGAUGGGGAGAUGUGUUCCGUUCUAGUGAAUUGAAAUUAUUAAGGGGCUGGCACUGUGGCAUAGUGGGUAAAGCCACCACCUCCAGUGCCACCAUCCCAUAUGGGCACUGGUUCAAGUCCCAGCUGCUCUACUUCCAAUCCAGCUCUCUGCUAUGGCAGAGUGGAAGAUGGCUCUGGCUCCUGGCUCCUGACUUUGGAUUGGUGCAGCUCUGGCCGUUGUAGCUAAUUGGAGAGUGAACCAGUGGAUGGAAGACCUCUCUCUCUCUCUCUCUCACUCUGGCUCUCUCUGCCUCUCCUUCUCUCUUACUUCAGAUAAAUAAACAAAUCUUAAAAAAAAGAGAAAUUAUUAAAAGGAAUUAGGAUUCUGUUUUUAACUAAACAGAAAUUUGGCCACAACCUUAGGCAAACUGUUUUAUUCCCUUUGCUUGUCUCCUUUCCGUGUUUGUUGUUUCCUCGAGUUACAGUGGUCUUCUAAGGAUGGAUGAGAAGACUUAUAAAUAGCAUAGAAGAAGACUUGGAAGUAACUUACCCUGCUUUUGUUAGUAUGGAGUUGGUCCUUACACCUGCCCAUCUGCCAUAGUUCUUGAGAACUUUUUACCUAUUCAUAUCCAAGGCAUCUCUCCUUUACCCUGAGAUUCAUUUUGGACCCUGCCAUUGCGAGUGUGUGAUCUGCCUAUCUAUCUCUCCAUCUGUUGUCUGUAGCUAAACUCCCUAGGUGGAGCCAACAUACAUCCAGUCAAAAGUAGUGAAAUAAAGAUAAAGCCAUUUAUUACAUUGUAUCUCUUACCCAUUCCAUUACUUACUGAAUAUAGGAACAUAUACUAGUUUCCAGUGGCUGGUAUAAUAUUUUACCACCAGCUUGGUGGCCUAAAACAGCCCAUAGUUCUGGAGGCCAGAAGUCUGCAGUGGUUUUACAGGGCUGAAGUCAAGUUGUUGUCAGGGUUGAUUGCUUCUGGAGGCCCUGAAGGAGAGCAUGUGCUGUGAACUUUUCCAGGGCCCAGAGACUGUCUGCAUCCCUGGGAUCAUUCAUGAUCUGUCUUACUCCAUUUUUUUAUUGUUAUAAUAAAGUACCUAAGAUUGGACCAUUUGUAAAGGUUUUUUUAGCCCAUGGUUCUGGAGGCUGGAAGUCCAAGGGCAUGGAAUGGGCUGGGGAGGGCUGCUUGAUGCAUCCUAAUGUGGUGGUGAGAUAGAGCAAGCAACCCUGCUAAUCCAUUAGCCCAUGAAUGAACUGAUGACCCAGUCACUUCCCAAAGUUUCCAUCUCUCUACAUCGCUGCACUGGGGACCAAGUUCCCGACUCGUGGAAUCUGGGGCACACGUUCAAACCACAGCAUGGCCCACAUCACUCCCGAUUUCUGCUUUUGUGUUCCAUCUCCUAGGCUCUCCUGCUUUCCUUUUACAACAGGGGUGGGAACCUUUUUUUCUGCCAGGGGCCACUUGGAUAGUUAUAGCAUCGUUCACAGGCAACACAAAAUUGCCAACUUAGAAAUUAGCCUGCUAUAGAUUUAUUGAAUUUUGAGUCCUGCCUGCAGUUGCCUAGGCAAGGCCAGACCAAACGAUUUUGCAUGCCUUAUAAAGACGAAGGGCUGGGCGUUCCCCACCCCUGUUUUAUACUCACCCAUGUAAUUACACUGAGGCCAGUUUUAUAAUCCAGGAUACUCUCCUCAUCUCCAGAACCUUAAUCUAACCCACGAAGUCCUGAUUGCCGUGUAAUGUAAUAUAGUCACAGGUACAUGGGAUUAGGUCAUAGACAUGGUCUGGGGACAGGGGGGAGCAGUACUCUGUCACAGCAAGAGAAAUUCAAAUCCCCCCACUUUUUGCAUUUGAGUACAGAAAACUUUUGUGUCAGCCAAGCUUCCUUUCUCUACAGUUUCUAAUAGGCAAGAGGAGAAUAGUGUUUAAAAACUGGAGGUCAAAAUACCAAGUUCAGAAUUUUAAUUUUACUGAUUUUUUUUUUUUACAAAACUCUUACCAACUUAAAAUUUCCAAUGCCUUAGGAACUUGCUUCAGACACAGAUCGCAUGGGGAUAGGCAUUUGGCACAAUGGUUAACAUGCUUAUUAGCACACUUGGGUUCCCAUAUCAGAGGGUCUAGAUUCAAGUCAGAGUUCUGUUUCUGAUUCUAGCUUCUUGCUAAUAUGAACCCUGGGAGGCAGCAGGUGAUGGCUCAAGUACAUGAGUCCCUGCCAUGCACAUGGAAGACCUAGCUUGAGUUCUGUGCUUCUGGCUUCAGCCUGGCCCAGAGUGAACCAGUGAAAGGGAGCUUUCUCUCUCUGCCUCGCUGCCACUCUGCCUUUCAAAUGGAAGGAAAGAAUAUAGGAAGGGAGGGAGUGGGGGAGGGAGGACAGGGUAGAUUGCAUAGUAUUUGAAUCUUACCAGCUCUGAAAUUGAUGCACUGUUGAAGUUUCCCUCUGGUAGGGCACUUUCCUGUUACUAAACAAUGGUUCUCAGCAAGGAGUAGUAGCUAUGGCUUCUUCUUGAAAUUCUUCCUCCAGCAAGUAUUUAUUGAGCACUAAGGGGUAUUGGGUCACUGGACUCAAAAAGACUGGAAUCUUGAUCUCCAGCUCAAGGUCAAAUAACCCACCCCAGUGGUCAGUAUAGUUGUAUUCCAAUAAAAUUGAUUCUCUUUGUAAUCCAUUGGUUUUUACCAUGCUUGUGAAAAUAUCAUCGAGAGAAAGGGGUCCUUAAUCACACAAAAGCAGUUCAGGACUUCUGUGAGAGGCCAACAAAUGGGAUUAUACUAAAAUGGUGGAUCUCGCCAGAACAAUGACUAAGAGAUUCAGGAAGCUGCCUAAGAGGGGGAACAAGCUCCUGGCAGCAGAUCUCAACUCCACUUGCUUAUUGGGAUGAUGAUGGGUGGCCAUGAGAUGGUACCCUCUUUUUUUAUGAUUUUAUUUAUUUAUUUGAGAGGUAGAAUUACAGACAGUGAGAGGGACAGAGAGAAAGGUCUUCCAUCUGCUGGUUCACUCCCCAGUUGACUGCAAUGGCCAGAGCUGCACCCAUCCAAAGCCAGGAGCCAGGAGCUUCUCCUGGGUCUCCCACAUGGGUGCAGGAGCCCAAGGACUUGAGCCAUCUUCUACUGCUUUCCAGGCCACAGCAGAGAGCUGGAUUGGAAGAGAAGCAGCUGGGACUAGAACCGGCACUGACAUGGGAUGCUGGCAUCGCAGGUGGAGGAUUAACCUGUGCCACAGUGCCAGCCCUAGAUGGUACCCUCUUGAGAGUACCAGUGCCUGGGACCUACCCCCCCCCCCCAAAUAUUCUGGUUAAAUUGGUCUGUGGAAGGGAGUGGUUGACAUCUAUCACAGUGGAAGUGGUGCCGAGUUCUGUCUUGUAGAAGUGAAGUAGAAUGAUUAGGUAUAAGAAAAUGUGGCAGAAGUCAAGGGCUCAGCAAAGGAGGUGUGACCAGUUCUCUAGAGCUGGGACAUAGACAGAGUCAGUAAGUCCCUUGGCUGACCCUACUUCAGCCCCAGUUCUGCUGCACUCAGCUAGACUGUGACCUUUGAGUAGAAUAGAACCAAACUUGGCCACUUGGCAGCUCCACAAACUUCUCUUCCUUCUUCAGCCAGCUCUUUUCCUUGUAGGGAAGAUAGAUUUCUGAUGGUUAAGAAUGUGGGCAUGAGCUAGCCUGCUUGGGGGCUGAUGCCAGCUCCAGCACCAUGCAGUCUUUGGAAAUUUGCUUAAUCUCUCUGCCUGUUUCAUUUCCCCAUGGAUAAAACUUCUAGGAUAGUAUGAACACCUGACUAUUGCUGGCUUGCAGAUGCUAAGUACCCAAGAUAUCUCAGGGGUUAGGGGGCAGAGGUGGGUGUCUAAGUGGCAAACAGUCAGGAUUGGGAGAUAAAGUAUGCAGUAGGCUCAGAGGGGAACCAAAUGAAGGAUUCACGUCAUUUAACCAGGUCAGAGGAGCAUCUGGAGGUGGGUCUCAGAAAAUAGUAAGAAUUUAUCAGGAGGCUGUGGGAGACAUUCCGGGCAAAGGAGACAGCACAUAGUGAAUUGUGGAGGCACAGGAGGGCAGGAUGCACUGGGUACCCUGAGCCGUGAAGUAGGUUGUGUUGAGGAAAGCUGAUGGUGAGAGAGAGCCGCGGAAUAGUGUUUCUCUGGGGUUUGGCUGCAUCCAGUGUGUAUUGAAAACAUUUGAUGUGCCGGGGCCAGUGCUGUGGCGCAGCGGGUUAACACCCUGGCCUGAAGCACUGGCAUCCCAUAUGGGUGCUGGUUCUAGUCCCGGCUGCUCCACUUCCUAUCCAGCUCUCUGCUGUGGUCUGGGAAAGCAGAGGAAGAUGGUCCAAGUGCUUGGGUCCCUGUACCCACGUGGGAGACCUAGAAGAAGCUCCUGGCUCCUGGCUUCGGAUCGGCACAGCUCCGGCUGUUGUGGCCAAUUGGGGAGUGAACCGUGGGAUGGAAGACCUCUCUCUCUCUCUCCUUCUGCCUCUCCUUUCUCUGUGUAACUCUGCCUUUCAAAUAAAUCAAUAAAUCUUUUUUAGAAAAAAUUUGAUGUGCCAAUUCCAGGCCUCCUUCCAGGCAAAAUGAGGUAGAAUCACUGAGGUUAGGCUGGAUGUUUGGCAAAGCAGUUAAUAGACUGCUUGGGCCACCCACAUCGCAUGUCAAAGUGCCUGGUUCAAGUCCUGUCUCCACUUUCAAUUCCAGCUUCCUGCUGCUGCUUACCUUGGGAGGCAGCAAGUGAUGGCUCAAGUGCCUGGUCCCUGCUGCUGUGUGGGAGACAUGUAUUGAGUUUCCAGUUCUUGCUUUGGCCUUGACCCAGCCCUGGGUGCUGCUGGCCUUUAGGGAAUGAACCAGUGGAUGGAAAAUCUCUCUGCUCUGCCUCUCUGCCUUUCAGAUAAGUAAAAAAUAAACAUAAAUUAAAAUUUUUAAAUAUCCCUGAGGUUAGAGCCCAGCAAUUUGAAUUCUAAAUGAAGCAAACUAUUUGAAUAUAGGAAAACUAACGUCUGAGCCACAGACAAGGAUGCAAGCGACAGACGGCUCAUAGGGACCUGGUGUGUUGUGCUGGAGUCUUGGACUUGGGUAGAGCCUCUGCAGGCCACCUUUAGGUCUUCAGGAUGAUUACUGUGGACACACUGUAGAAAAUGAAUGAAAGGAGUAGGCAGGGGUGGCAGGGUCUGGUGGUAGCAUAAGAGCAUCUAGCAGGAGGUAACGGUCCUAGUGAAGACACCUGAGCCAAGAUUGGUGGCGGAGAGAGAAGGAUAGAGGCAUGCCUGUGAAUUAUCAGCACCUGUAUGGCAGGGAGCAUUGGGGAAUCAGAGAGGAGGCUGGGUUGCUGGUUGGCAUGAAGGGACCAGUUGGAACUCAGAGAGUCGAAGAGUUACAGAGAGGCAGAGAGAGAAAGAGAGAGAGAGAGAGAGAGAGGUCUUCCAUCCACUAGCUGUCAGAGAGAGAGAGAGAGAGAGAGGUCUUCCAUCCACUAGCUGCCGAAGUGCCACCAAUCUGAAGCCAGGAGCCAGGAGCUUCUUCUGGGUCUCCCAUGCGGGUACAGGGACCAAGCACUUGGGCCACAGCAGAGAGCUGGAUUGGAAGUGGAGCAGCUGGGACUUGAACCAGCGCCCAUAUGGGAUGCUGGCACUGCAGGCAGCAGCAUUAUCCAUUAUACCACCACACCAGCCCCUGAUACACAUUUCUUGCAAAGGAGAACUGUCAGGGAGGAGUAGUUGUGCACCCAUCUGUCCACGCUUCCCCAGGGGUUAAGCAGACGUGUAAACAGCAUGACUGGGGUAAUGCCAUGGGACAUCUGUGGAGAACAGAGAGAAAGCCAUCAGCAUAGCUCUGUCUCCUCCCCUUUCUGUGACACUUGCUAAGUAAUGAUAAAAAUCAAAAAGUGAUUUGAAGUUUUGGUUCAGGACACAAGUUUCAGUGCAAAGAGUUGAGAGCCAUUGUACUAUAGCAAAGUAUUGAUUUAUUAAAUACUCUGAUGACAGAGAAACCUGACAUUGACCAUGGAGAAAUGAUGUAAUAAUCAUUCAUCGAGAGUACCAAGGUCAAAAACCAUGAAAGGGAGAUAAAAAUUAAAACCAGCCAUGUUGUAUGUCAGGGAGGGAGACUGACACGUUCUGGAUAACCCCCGCAGUGUCUGUCUUUCAGAUGAUGUCAUCUCGUUGGAACAAGGACCUAAAUGACCAGCUAGUGAAUUAUUCCAUUUUUCCUGUGGUCUUUGUUCUUGAACUUUCUGUUGCUUAAGCGAUUCAGAUCUCCUUAUUCAGCUUUAAAGUUACAUUUAGCAAAAAGGGAUCAUUUUAGUUCCUCUAAGAUAGCGGGAGGCAAUGAUACGACUCAUUUCUGUAGGCUGGUAUUGGUAGGUUGAUUAUGUCAUUGCAUGCUUUUGAGCCUGAAUAUUUAACCCUGUUGCUAGCAAUAUCUGGUAGUUCAUUGUAAAGUGUGGCUUUAUUAGCUGCCCUUAGGUUUGAAUUUGCAGACAUUUGUAAUUUCCUAAAUCUUAAGUUUGUUCUUUAUUCCUUCCCAUUCUUGUUUUUGAAAGGAAUUAAACAUAAUAUUGAUUUCAUGAAGUGUCUUAUUGUAAACAGCACAUUUAUAGAAGUUAUUACUGAAAUGUCAUUAGACUAAUUUUGUGUUACAUUUUGAAACAAAAUGUUUUUUUAAAGGUUUUAUUUAUUUAUUGAGAGGCAGAGUUACAGCAGACAGAAGGAGAGACAGAGAGAGAAGUCUUCCAUCCACUGGUUCACUCCCCAGAUGGCUGCAACAGCCGGGAGCUAUGCAGAUCCAGAGCCAGGAGCCAGGAGCUUCUUCCAGGUCUCCCACGCAGGUGCAGGGGCCCAAGCACUUGGGCCAUCUUCCACUGCUUUCCCAGGCCAUAGCAGAGAGCUGGAUUGGAAGAGCAGCCAAGACACAAACUGGCACCUAUAUGGGAUUCUGAUACUUCAGGUGGAGGCUUAACCUACUAUGCCACAGCGCCGACCUUGCAAACUUUUUUUUUUUUAAAUAAAAAUCUACUUAGAAGUGUCAUUUACAUUAGGAUUAUAGACUCUAGAAAACUGGAAGUGCAAGGUGAUGAAAGCAAGUUUUGGAAUCAGCUGGAUGAUUCUAGUUCUUUUUUUUUUUUUUUUUUUUUUUUUUUUUUUGACAGGCAGAGUUAGACAGUGAGAGAGAGAGAGACACAGACAGAAAGGUCUUCCUUCCGUUGGUUCACCCCACAAAUGGCCACUAUGGCCUGCUGUGCUGAUCUGAAGCCAGGAGCCAGAUACUUCCUCCUAGUCUCCCAUGCGGGUGCAGGGCCCAAGGACUUGGGCCAUCCUCUACUGCCUUCCCAGGCCACAGCAGAGAGCUGGACUGGAAGAGAAGCAACCGGGACAGAAUCCGGCGCCCCAACCGAGACUAGAACCUGGAGUGCCGGCGCCGCAGGCGGAGGAUUAGCCUAGUGAGCUGAGGCACCUGCUGGUUCUAGUUCUUUCUGUGUCUUCUAGCUGUGUGACUUUGAGCAAAUUACUUGACCUUCUGUGCCUCAAUUUCUCUAUCUACAAAAUGGAUGUAUAAACAGUACUUACCCUCAAGAUAAAAAGAUAAAUUAUUUUUUACCACCAUCAUCAUCAUCAUCAUCAUUUACUCCAUUUUUGGAACAGCACAAAAAGCUUAUUUUUUCCAGAGGCCUACUGUGGUUUUCUGUACCUAGCUGUCUGUCAACAAAUUAAUGAAUCUCAGCUUUGGAAUUAGAAUGAUCCAGAAACUAAAGAGAAGGUGAUUUUUGAAAUCAUUUUCUUGAUUUCUUGAGCCUUUUUUUAGAAGGCCAGUUGCUGAGUUCCUGGAGUGUCCUACCCAGUUACCCUCCCCUUCUGACCCCGCAUAUGCAGAUGAGAAGGGUUGGGCAAUGGAAAGAGAGCCUGGGUGGGGCAGUUCCUGGAUGCUGGUGUUCAAGGGGCCUGACUGCUGUGUGUGUGUAUGCAGUCUGGGGCAACCACCAGCAAAUUCCAUCCGGAACUAACAGAGGCAGACCUGUCAAGGGUAUGCAGCCUGAUCUGCCCUCAUGGGAAAGGAGGGUUAAGGGCCAUCUCAUGGCACAGUAGGAAGAACGCAGACCUUGGGGUUCGUGGACUUGAACUUGAAGCCUAACCCUCAGCAGAUUACUUCAACUUUCUGAGCCUCAGUUCUUCCUCUGUGAAAUCAGCACACGGAGGAUUACAGAGGAUGUGGCACUGCACCUGGCACAAAGUCAUAUUUUUAUGCAGUUCAAGCUUCCUCGCCACCUCAAAGCACAGUGGGCGCAGACUUUGAUCUGUUCCAGGAGCCCCCACUGAUGGAUGCGGGAAGGAGCCUGAUUCAGACCUGCUCAAAGCCGGGGUCACACUCAGACACCUACAGGCGCAGAAUGUCAUUAUUGGUUUUAUGUUACACAGAUGGUACCUGGUGCUGGAAGAUGAACUGUGAAAGGAGCACUUUGGGUUUUGCUCUGAAGCUGUGUGGCCGUGAUUCCACCCUGUAGUCUCAGCCCACUGGUAUGCUGCCAGGGUCCCAUGACAGGAGAGUUGAACUGUGCCAUAUUUUUCUUUUGUUGCUGGAGGCCUGUGACCUGCAGUUGCAUGCACUUUCAUUUUUAUACUUGCACAGGUAUGUGUGCAAGUUCAAAGGCUUCGAAUUCACAUAUGCAAAUUUCUAUGCCUUAAAUCUAGCCCAGGCAGACUUUCUUGUUUGUCUUUUUUUUAGAGAUUUAUUUAUUUGAAAGUCAGCGUUACAGAGAGAGGGAGAGACAAGGAGAGAGGUCUUCCAUUCACUGGUUUCCUCCUUAAGUGGCUCCAACAGCCAAGGCAGAGCCAGGCUGAAGUCAGGAGCCAGGAGCUUCUUCUGGGUCUCCCAUAUGGGUGCAGGGAGCCAAGUAUUGAGUCAUCUUCCACUGCUUUCCAAGGUGCAUUAAGGGAGCUGGAUGUGAAGUGGAGAACCAGGAAAUUGAACUGGCGCCCCUGUGGGAUGCCUGCACUGCAGACAACAGCUUUACCCGCUAUGCCACAGCGUCGGCCCUGGCAGACUUCUAAAUAAGGAGGCCCUAAGGGGAUUCCAAUUCAAUCCCAUCAAGGUGGCAUGUACCAAUGCCAUCUCAUUAGUCCAAGUGAUCAAUUUCAGUUCACAGUUGAUCAUAAUGAUAGGACUAAGUCAAAGGGAUCACAUAAACAAGACUAGUUUCUGCCAAUACUAACUGAUAGAAUAAAAAAGGGAGAGAACGAUCCAACAUGGGAAGCGAGAUACACAGCAAACUCAUAGAAUGGCAGAUGUCCUAAACAGCACUCUGGCCUCAGAAUCAGCCCUUAAGGCAUUUGGAUCUGGCUGAAGAGUCUAUGAGAAUAUUUUAGGCAUGGGAAGCCAAGACACUCUGGGGGAAAAAAAAUAAAAAAAUAAAAAAAAAAAUAAAAGAUCUCCGCGAGUGAGAUCCCAGUGGAAAGAAUGGGUAAUCAAAGAAGGAGGUACCUUUCUCUGAAGGGAGGAGAGAACUUCCACUUUGACUAUGACCUUGAUCGGAGUCGGCUUAGGCCGGCGCCGUGGCUCAAUAGGCUAAUAAUCUUCCUUGCGGCCCCGGCACACCGGGUUCUAGUCCCAGUCGGGGCGCCGAAUUCUGUCCCGGUUGCCCCUCUUCCAGGCCAGCUCUCUGCUGUGGCCAGGGAGUGCAGUAGAGGAUGGCCCAAGUGCUUGGGCCCUGCACCCGCAUGGGAGACCAGGAGAAGCACCUGGUUCCUGGCUUUGGAUCAGUGUGAUGUGCAGGCCACAGUGCGCCGGCCGUGGUGGCCAUUGGAGGGUGAACCAACGGCAAAAGGAAGACCUUUCUCUCUGUCUCUCUCUCUCUCACUGUCCACUCUGCCUGUCAAAAAAAAAAAAAAAAAGAUUGGAGUCGGCGAACUCAAAAGGCUUCCAUAGCCUUGGAAACUCAUGACAAGAGCCUAGGGUAAUUACUGACGCCGUAAACAAGAGUGUCAAAUUGUUAAGUCAACAACAGGAGUCACUGUGCACUUACUCCUCAUGUGGGAUCUUUGUCCUUAAUGUGCUGUACAUUGUGAUUUAAUGCUAUAACUAGUACUCAAACAGUAUUUUACACUUUGUGUUUCUGUGUGGGUGCAAACUGUUGAAAUCUUUACUUAAUAUAUGCUAAAUUGAUCUUCUGUAUAUAAAGAUAAUUAAAAAUGAAUCUUGAUGUGAAUGGAAUGGGAGAGGGAGUGGGAGAUGGGAGGGUUGCGGGUGGGAGGGAAGCUAUGGCGGUGGGGGGGAGCCAUUGUAAUCCAUAAGCUGUACUUUGGAAAUUUAUAUUUAUUAAAGUUAAAAAAAAUAAGGAUGCCCCAACAGCAGAAAGCAGAGUGGACUCUGUCUGAGGGCACCGGGUGGCACUGUGCAUGAGCAGCUGUUUGUGCAGUGCUGAAAACACUGGACUUUUCUGUGAAAAUUGCUGUUUAUUUAUUUGAAAGAAUUACCAAGAGAGAGAGAGAUACAGAAAGAGAGAGAGGUCUUCAAUCUGCUAGUUCACUCCCCAGAUGGCUGCAAUGGCUGUUGCUGAGCUGGUCUUAAGCCAGGAGCCAGGAGCUUCCGGGUCUCCCACAUAGUUGCAGGGGCCCAAGGACUUGGGCCAUCUCCACUGCUUUCUCAGGCAUGUUAGCAGGGAGCUGGAUGGGAAGUGGAGCAGCCAGGAUUCAAACUGGCACCCAUAUGGGAUGCCUACACUGCAGGCUGGGGCUUUAAUCUGCUGUGCCACAGUGCCAGCUCCAGAAAUUGCUAUUUUAAAAUCUUGACAACUGAGUCCAUUUCAAAAAAUCUGUAGUUUUUAAUCAUCUGUGAAGUAGAUUCUCCCCAAUCACUUUUUUUUUUUUUUUUUUUUUGGACUGGCAGAGUUAGACAGUGAGAGGGAGAGAUAGCGAGAGAGAGAAAGGUGUUCCUUUUCCAUUGGUUCACCCCCCAAAUGGGCGCUACGGCCGGCAUGCUGUGGCUGCCGCGCUGCGCCAAUCCGAAGCCAGGAGCCAGGUGCUUCCUCCUGGUCUCCCAUGCGUGUGCAGGGCCCAAGCCCUUGGGCCAUCCUCCAUUGCCUUCCCGGGCCACAACAGAGAGCUGAACUGGAAGAGGAGCAACCGGGACAGAACCAGUGCCCCAACUGGGACUAGAACCUGGGUGCUGGCGCCGCAGGCGAAGGAUUAGCCUAGUGAGCCACGGCACCCGCCUCCCCUGAUCACUUUCAAGAUUGUCCUGUGAAAAGUCUCUGCUCUGGCAUCUGCUUCCCUUCCCUUUGCGCUCCCCCAUCCUGGGUUCUUUAGGCCCUAGUUCCUUCUCUCAGCCAAGUACUAACCAGGCCAACCCUGCUUAGCUUCCGAGGUCAGACGAGAUUGGGCGCGUUCAGGGCGGUAUGGCCAUCGACUAGUCCCUUAUUCCUUCUAAUGAGAGUGACUCAAAAUUGGCCAACAUUUUCUUGCAUUUAUUGAAAAGGCAUCUUAAAAAAUAAGCAUCUAUAGUGAUAUUUUUAAGGUGAUAUUAAACAAUGAGCAUAUACAUAAGGGUUGUAGAUGAGGAUGAAUUUUCCGUUGGGGGUGAUAACAGUUGUUUAUAUGAGGGGGAAAACUUUGAAUUCCAUUCAGCUUACAAAUGCAUGUUCUGGAACAUAAACAUUUACUUAUAAGUAAACCUGCAAAUCAGCUACCUAGAAGUGUGUCAUAUAUUUUUCUUAGGUAUUUUCAGAAACUUGUUUUUCCCUGAGUCAAAUACUCCAUUCUGUGUAAGGUAGAUAAGAAGGAAAACCAGUAUGUAAAGACAUAUUAUCACUUCUUUAGGGAGCAGUUUCAUAAAUAUGUGCCUCUGUUUUGGCAUCAUAGAGUUUUUGGUUACGUUUAAAAUUUAACACACGUUUUUAAAAGGAGUAAUUUUUAAAAUCUCUUAUGAUUAAGAAGUUUUGCUUCCUAAAAAUUAGGGUAUUUUUUCAACUUAUCUAUCCAGUCAAUAAUAAUUCUAUAUUUGUUAUAUAUCAUAAUUUUAUAAAUUUCUUUGACACAUACCUCCUUAAAAUCACUUUCUUGUUUUUAGAUAUAGCUUAAAAAAUCUUGAGAAUGUAGAAAAACAGGUUUUAAUAAAGUAAUGAUAAUAAAGGAUUUGGUGCAAUGUCUGACACUGAUAAUCAUGCAGUGCACCACAGUUGUAAUUGCUAUCAUCGCUAUCCGUGAUCCCACUGUUAUUUUUUUUUUUUUUUUUUUUUUUUUUGACAGGCAGAGUGGACAGUGAGAGACACAGACAGAGAGAAAGGUCUUUCUUUGCCGUUGGUUCACCCUCCAAUGGCUGCUGCGGCUGGUGCACCACACUGAUCCGAAGGCAGGAGCCAGGUGCUUCUCCUGGUCUCCCAUGGGGUGCAGGGCCCAAGCACUUGGGCCAUCCUCCACUGCACUCCCGGGCCACAGCAGAGAGCUGGCCUGGAAGAGGGGCAACCGGGACAGAAUCCGGCGCCCCGACUGGGACUAGAACCUGGUGUGCCAGUGCCGCUAGGCGGAGGAUUAGCCUAUUGAGCUGUGGCACCGGCCUCCCACUGUUAUUGUCAUGAGCCUGAUGAGCAGUUGAAGAUGCUAAGUCUUAAGUCAUGAAAGUCACUAUGACUAUUUGUAAGUUUUAGAGACAAAAACUUAUUAAAAUGAGUUCUGCCAACCUGAAAUCCAACAAAAGUACAAGGAUGGGAGUUUAACAGAGCAAUUAUGAUGUGUCUGUCCCACAUCAGAGGACCUGGGUUCAGUUUCUGGCUCCAGCUCCUGGUUCCUGCUUUCUGCUAGUGCACACACUGUGGGGGCAGCAGUGAUGGGUCAAGUAACAGAGUUCCUGUCACCCACCUGGGGGUCCUGGAUUGAGUUCCCAGUCCAGUCCCCCCCCUCCCCAGCCCUGGCUGUUGCAAGCAUUUGAGAAGAUGGGAAUUUCUUUCUCUCUCUCUUCUAUCUUUCUCUCUCUCUCUCAAUUAAUACAUGAAAAUCUUUUUAAAUGUGCAAAGACAACUUUUUUGUUGUUAGGAUACCUAAGAACCUGUUCUAUGCUGGGAGCAAUGCACGUUAGUUCAUUUAUUUAUUUUAUUUUGGGCAACUGCUGUAUAAAGUUUUCUUUUAUAGAUGAAGAAACUUGAAAUGCUACAGGGUUAAGUGACUUCUGAGGGUCACAUUACAAGUAAAUGGCAAAAUAAAAAAUACUGGGAUUCUCUGGGCACAGGCUGGGGGUGGGGGCCGGCAGCCUUCUGGUGUAGCAGGUUAAGCCACUGUCUGUGAUGCCAGCAUCCCAUAUGAGUGCCAGUUCAUGUCCCGGCUGCUCCAGUGCUCAUCCAGUUCCCUGCUAAUGGCCUGGGAAAAGCAGCAAAAGAUGGCCCUAGUGUUUGGGCCUCUGCCACCCACAUGGGAAACCCAGGUGCAGCUCCUACCUCAUCCCUUUAGCCUGGCCCAGUGCUGGCCAUUCUAGCUAUCUGGGGAUUGAACUAGGAAGAUUCUCUCUCUCUCUCUCUCUCUCUCUCUCUCUCUCUAACUUUCAAAAUGAGGCUUUUUCAAAAGUGUUUAUAAGUCUGACUGUUAAGGUCCUGGCUUUCCUCUAUAGUACACUGCAUCUCAUUGAUGCUUGCAAGUUAUAAGUGUCUUCCUUUCAGAUGAGAGUUGGCAUAUGAGAGAUUUGUGUCACUUGCAACAAGAGAGAAUAUUCUUAGUUUCCUAAAACUGCCAGCUAAGGAAAGAGAAAGCAGUCCUCUAAGAUAGAUAGAGUUUUCUAUAAAAAUAAACAAAGGAGUUUUGUGCCUGGUUAAAAAAAAUCUCUUCCUGUCCGUGUUUGAAAGGUGACCUUUCUGAUGCGGCACUGCGAGUGGAAUUCAUUCUGUAGGAUGGGAGUGGGAUUUGGGGAGUAUGCUGGGAAUGACUGAUGAAUCCAUGCCCCUUUUGUAAGUGGCUUGUCAUGUUACAGACACUGCAGUGCUGAUGUCACAGAGAAUGGAGAAAACAUAAACGAUGGGUAUAGCAAUGUACCUAUUCAGAUUCAGUUUUGCCGGGAAUGACAGAAAACCCAAAUGCUAAUGAUUCAGACAAGAAAGCGUUUCAUUUAUCAUGCAUGUUAUUAAAGAAAUGUGGAGUGGACGGCAGGGAUUUGAGGCAGUUUCAAGAUGGUUGAAGUUGCUGGUCUUUGGUUUUUAUUUUGUCUUCUUAUCCUUAGUUCACGGCUUUCUGCCUCAUGGCGCCAGCUGCUCUCAUGUUAGGAUUCAGCCUGUAGGGAGGAGAAAAGGAAGGACCAGAGCACAUCCCCACUCCCUUUACCACACCCAUGGGAGUCACCUGUGACAUCUCUGCUUAGACACGGUUAGUCAGAAGUUAGUCACUUGUGUGGUUGUAAGAGAAGCUUAGUAUUAUCCUAGGUAUCCAGAGCCCAACCGAAAGGGAUGUGUGUGUGUGUGUGUGUGUGUGUGAGUGUGUGAGUGUGUCCGGGGUGGGGAUGGGGUUCUAUCAGUAGGGGAGAAGGGCAAGACAGACACUGGGGGAAACUGGUAAAGACUGCAGUAGAAAGAAAGAAAAGGAGUUACCCCCGCGGUGUGCAGAGACGGCUUCUGUUCCAGUGUACCCUGUGUGUCCUUUGUCUAGGACAGAAGUCCUGAAACACACACCUAGGUGUAGGUCCUCAACUCUUCCUCUGAACACCUGAUUUUGAGUGAAUGAUAAAAAUCCAUAGGAGCCCACAUCUUUGCAAAGAAAAACAAAGACAGCCAUCAACCUUUAUAUUUGCUGCUUUGCACGUUGCUUUGCUACAAAUAAGAUCUGCCUGUGGAAUGAGAUCUUUCAUAAAUUGCUACUCCAGACCUGCAAUUACUUUCAGCAACUUAGGACUUCCAUACGGAAGUCUAAGCUCCCUCACAGCCAUGCAGAUCCCGCAGAACAGACAUAAAUGUCAACAUGCUUGCGGCCUUUCAUCAACGUACGCCCUGGGAAUCUUGUCAUGCCUGGGAAAUCAAUAACUGAGCACAUGGGGGAUGUGUAGGGAGCUGGUGGCUCCUCAGCUGUCUUUGGCCACAGUGCCACUUCCUCUCAAGGAGCAUGGAAGCAAUAAUCCUAGCAACUUUUUUUUGAAUGCCAACCCCCUUAUGUGUGCCAUGACACAACCUGAAAUGAAGCUUUGUCCACUCCCAUUGUAGAGAUGUAGAAGCUCAGGGAUGAAUUCACGGAACUUUGCCAAGAUUUAGACUUGGGUCUCAUGGUCUCUAAAAUCCGUAUUCUUUAUCACCAUAGCCUUGUACCUUAAAAAAAUGCAAGGAUCUGUUUUGUGUUUCUUUUUGUGUAAUAACCUAAAGAAAUUGGAGAGUUGACUUUUCCUGGUACUUAGAGUUUUGCAGGCAUUCCUUGGUGUCUGAGGAGGAUUGAUUCCAGGAACCCCUGCUGUUGGAUACGAACAUCCAUGGAUGCUCAAGUUUGUCAUUUAGAAAGAUCUCCGUGAGUGAGAUCCCAGCGGAAAGAAUGGGCCAUCAAAGAAGGAGGGACCUUUCUCUGAAGGGAGGAGAGAACUUCCACUUUGACUAUGGCUUUAUCUAAAUAAGAUCAGAGUGUGUGAACUCAAGAGGCUUCCAUGGCCUUGGCAGCUCAUGACAAGAGUCUGGGGUGAUUACUGACACCAUAAAUAAGAGUGUCAAUGGUUAAAUCAACAACGGGAGGCUGGCGCCGUGGCUCACUAGGCUAAUCCUCCACCUGCGUUGCCGGCACCCCGGGUUCUAGUCCCAGUUGGGGUGCCAGAUUCUGUUCCGGUUGCUCCUCUUCCAGGCCAGCUCUCUGCUGUGGCCCGGGAAGGCAGUGGAGGAUGGCCUAGGUCCUUGGACCCUGCACCCGCAUGGGAGUUCAGGAGGAAGCACCUGGCUCCUGGCUUUGGAUUGGCACAGCGCGCUGGCUGUAGUGGCCAUUUGUGGGGUGAACCAACGGAAGGAAGACCUUUCUGUCUGUCUCUCUCUCUCUCACUGUCUAACUUUGCCUGUCAAAAAAAAAAAAAAAAUCAACAACGGGAGUCACUGUGUACUUACUCCCCAUGUAGGACCUCUGUCCUUAAUGUGUUUUACUAUGCAAAUUAACAGUAAAACUACUACCCAAACAGUACUCUGUACUUUGUGUGUCUGUGUGGGUGAAGUCUGUUGAAAUCUUUACUUAGUAUAGUAAGUUGAUCUUCUGUAUAUAAAGAUAAUUGAAAAUGAAUCUUGAUGAAGAAUGGGAUGGGAGAGGGAGUGGGAGAUGGGAUGGUUGCAGGUGGGAAGGAGGUUAUAGGGGGAAAAGCAGCUAUAAUCCAAAAAUUGUACUUUGGAAAUUUCUAUUUAUUAAAUAAAAGUUGAAAAAAAAGUUUAAAUUUCAAUGGCAUAGCAUUUGCAUAUUACCUAUACAAUCCUCCCAUAUACUUUUUUUAAAGAUUUUUUAUUUACUUAUUUGAGAGCUAGAGUUCCAGACAGACAGAGGGAGAGACAGAAAGUUCUUCCAUCCCUUGGAUCACGCCCCAAAUUGCUGCAAUGGCCGGAGCUGGGCCGAUCUUAAGCCAGGGGCCAGGAACUUCUUCCAGGUCUUCCACAUGGGUACAGAAGCCCGAGCACUUGGGCCAUCUUCUACUGCUUUCGUAGGCCAUAAGAAGAGAGGUGGAUCGGAAGAGGAACUGCUGGGACAUGAACCAGUGCCCAUAUGGGAUGCCGGCGUCACAGGCGGAGGUUUAGCCUACUAUGCCACAGCACUGGUCCCCCUCCAAUAUACUUUAAAUCAUGUCUAGAUUAUUUCUGCUAUCUAACACAAUGUAAAUCUGUGUCAACAGUUGCUAUAUUGUAUUGUUUAGGAAAUAAUGACAAGGAAAAAACUGUACAUGCUCAAUGCAGAUGCAAUAUAUAUUUUGAAUAUUUUUGAACUGCAGUUGGCUGAACAUUCACAUGCAGAACGCAACGUCGACAGAGGGAUGACUCUGCCGGGGCUCCCUUGACGCUAUCACCGAUUGUUUCCUGAGUUAUAGGUAAAGCCCCAUUACAAGGAGCUGUAGGAAAUCUCCCUGCUUUAGAUCUGAGCGGAUUUGGAAACCCUUUAGAGCUGAGCUGGUAAGGGAGGUGAGUUGUAAAGAGCUAGAGCUGGAGGCCUGUUCUGUGCCGGUCACUGCUUUCAAAGGCCUGGGACAGGGAGCCUCCUGAUCCAUCCAGGGGAGGGGAAUACAGUUGCGACCAAAGUCUUCUUAAAAUUAUAGCUGCACCACUGAGGGCACGGCCAAAAAGUGGAACCGGUUCUUAGGAAGGGCUUCAUGGCCUUGAGUAUUCAGUGCCCUCUUCAUCCUGUUUCUCUUCCCAGGGCAAGUGUUGGGGGUCCAGAGCUCCUUACCUGCUGGAGAGCUUUGGUGUCUGCAGAGUGAGCUGGCACCACACACCACAAGGGUAGGUUGUGGGCCGCUUGGAUCCACAUUUUCCAGAGCUUGAUUGUAGUUGCCACCUUUGGCCCCUCUUGUGUCACUUAGGGUGUCUUCAGGUCCAGGUCGCAGAGAGCCAAACCCAGCCUCGCUUCCCACUGAAGUUCGUUGGCUCCCACAGCUGGAAAAUCUGGUUGGGAAAGGCUAUGAUGUUUAUUUGUUUCAUUGGCACAGUAGGACUUCACCAAGUGCACUCUGACUUUUGUGUUUGAACCUCUCUGCCCUGUUUUUGCAGUCAGCUUCAUUUUAUAGCUGUUCCCCCUCCCCGCCCCACAUACCUGGUGGGUUUCUAGACAACUCCUCAUCACCAUGGCUUCACAUUUCUUCCUCCCCUCCAGGCAGAGAGGAGAAAAGGCCACUUCCAGGGCGUCUUUCAGAAGAUCCAGGAAACUAGUUUUCCAGUCAUCUUUAGAAAAUUUGCCCUGGUCUCAUUGGCUCAGAGAAGGUCUUAUGGUUAUCCCUGAGCUAGUCUGUGAAGCCGGGAGGUAGGUUAAUGCAAAUUAACCUGGGCUGCACCACAAGCCCACAGCCAGCCAAGCAUUCCCAGAAACACCUGGGCUUUGCAAGGGUUGAGGGUCUGUCUCUAAAUAAAGAAGUCCAGGUUGCUACUAAAGGAGAGUGGGGUUGGGAGAGCAACUUCAGUCCCUAUGAAGCUCUGCCUGCCCUGAGGGUCAGCCCCUACCCACCCCCGGCAGCUCCCAGGAACUGGACUUAGCUUCGCUCACUACUCUUGGAAGGCUGCUGACCCCUAGUGUCUGAGCAAAGCAUUAGAUCUACAAUCUCAAGGCUUGGGUUUAACUCCUCUCACAUGGGGAUUCCAAUAGCUGUGUCACCUUCACAUGCAAUGAGGUGUGCAAAAUAGAACAUCUGGAAUUGCUUUAAAGAAUAAAUGAGUUGGUUGGCCAGCACCGUGGCUCAAUAGGCUAAUCCUCCGCCUUGCGGUGCCGGCACACCGGGUUCUAGUCCCGGUUGGGGCGCUGGAUUCGGUUGCCCCUCUUCCAGGCCAGCUCUCUGCUAUGGCCCGGGAGUGCAGUGGAGGAUGGCCCAAGUCCUUGGGCCCUGCACCCGCCUGGGAGACCAGGAAAAGCACCUGGCUCCUGGCUUUGGAUCAGUGCGAUACACUGGCCGCAGCGGCCAUUGGAGGGUGAACCAAUGGCAAAAGGAAGACCUUUCUCUCUGUCUCUCUCUCUCUCUCACUGUCCACUCUGCCUGU